GUUUGUGACGCGCUCGCGAAAGAACGGCUGAGCGGCCGCGCGCACGGAACGGUGUCUCUCCCUCCCUCUGUGUGUGUGUGUAUGUGAGAGAGAGAGAGAGAAAAGGCGGGGAGGGAGGAAAGGAGACAACCGGGGCGGGGAAGGAGGCGGCGGCGACGGCUUUCCGCGAGGCGGAGGACUGAGAGACGCUACCGAACAGGAAGCGCUGCCACCGAGCCAGGAGCCGCUCCGCGCUUCCCUCAGCAAGCGAGAAGAGGGCAAAGUCUGGGCUGGUGAGAGCGAGGAGGGGCGGCACCAGCGACCGGAUUCCUCCCUCCUUCGGACCCCUCCGCCCCCUUACAAAUCCGCCGGGAACUCCGCGCGGCCCUCCCGCCGUGUAGCUCCUGGCUCCGGGAGCCCCGGAGGGCUGCUGAGGAGGAUGUCGGGCGGCGGCGGCGGCAGCCGGGAAGAAGAGCGGCGCAAGCUGGCCGACAUCAUCAACCACUGGAACGCGAACCGGCUGGACCUGUUCGAGAUCAGCCCCCCCACCGAGGUGAGCGCCCGCCCGCCCGGCUUUCUCCCCUUCCUCCCUCCCCGGAGCCGAAAGCGGGCGGAGGGGGAGGGGAUCAACGUCUGCACACGCAGCCCCACACGGACAUAUCUCCCGGCCAGCUACUGUCCCCCCUUCCCUUCCUUUCCUUACGGAGGUGAGGCCGGCGGUGGCGGCGCUUCCUACAGACGCCUCCAUCCUCGCGGAGGGGAGGCUCCGCCCCUUCCCGAGGUGAGGGACCCGGCAGCCCCCCGCUCGCCCCCCCUCCGGGAAAAGAGAUCCUUCAUUACAGUAUUGCCUUCCGACCUUCCUCGCGCCCACUAUGUCCAGCGCCCCCUAAAAUCCCCUUUGGAUGCGGAGCAGGCAGGCAGGCCGGCCGGCCGACCUGCACGGGCCCUCAUUUGCUCUGGGCGACGAGAUAAGCCUCCCGUACCUGCACCCGCCGUGUCUCCCUUCUUUUGUAAAGACAGUAUCCCUCCCCCCGCCCCAAUCUGACUAUUUACACCCUGCGAGGAAGAGGCGCUGCUCUCGUGUUUCUCUUUGAUAUGAGCUCCCCCCCCCCAUGCCUUGCAGCUCCUACGAUCGCGCCCCCAGCCCGGCAAGGUACGGGGCUCGCCCACCCCGCCCCCUCCAGGGUUUGGCUCAGCCUUUCUUUCUAGCGAUUGCUAGUGUUUGCUGAACCCUCCCCGUCAUCCUCACUAUCACCGCUGGUCGUCGAUUCCACCCCCCCCCCCCAACUAAAGUACUCCUUUGAUUCGAAGUGGUCUCGCGGACUAGUGGCAUUUAUGGAAACAGGCUGCCCCUUUUGCCGUGCCCUGAAACAUCGUGGCUUAGCUUAGAAGGAAAUGUCGCAGGGGAGCGUUUGUUUCUCUCUCUGUGUGUGUUUGGCGGGGAAAACAUUGGCGUGUAUCGAAUAAGAAUAGGCUUGUUGUGUAGGAAUCCGGGGUGAAAGGGGGAGGGAGGGUUAUCAGGGAAUUGCUCUUAAUUGAAAGGGAUGGUGUGGUCAAGACUUGGAAAAGAGAUGUAAUUAUUAUCAUCUAACCGAAAUAAAGGAGUGCAAAAAUCGUCUACCCGUUUUGGAAACUAACCUGUAAAAAAGUGUUGCAUCUGUCCACAAAUAAUUUUCUUAAAAUGAGCUGCUGAGCUUUAAAAGGGGAGGGGGGCUUUCCUUUCCUAUGAUAUUAGCAGAAUGGUUUUGAAUAUGCUCAUAAAACUAGUAUUAUGAGCAAGUUUCACAAUUAUGGGAACAAGUUCUACAGGAAAAACUUAGAUUUCCUACUAAAACUUUUUUUAAAUGAAAAAGAUUGGAUACUUUUUUAAAAUUUAAAAAGUUAAAGCCACACCCCAUCAGGUUGUUGUCAACAUUCUUUUUGGCUGGUCAGUCUGUAUGCUUGAGUUAAGUAUGAAAGGUGGUGUGGGGGAAGUUUUGAUAGGUAGAUUGUUCUCUGCUGGCAAAACAAGACUGUGCUCUCUGCUUAUUGGGUGGAGGCUGAUCAUGUGCCUGUUCCCAAGGAAAAGAAGGAAAUUUACACUUGAUUUUGGCUCCGGUUAGUCUUUAGUUGUUAACAAAAGCCCAGUGAUGAAUAAUUGAUUUAUUUUCUUUAGUGUUAAAUAGUUAACAUCUAGAGAGAAUUAUUUCAGAUUUAUUUUCAAAGAUCCUGAACUCAUUUUAGCUUUAAAGGAAAUACCCUUAUGUUCCCUUACACAUUUGUGCAGUGUUUAAAUUUACAUUUUAUGUAAUAAUAAGCCUUCCAUGGUCUUCUGCUGAAACAAAAAUGUAUGUGAUCUAUCUCCAUUUCAAAAAGUGUUAGCACUAAUAUAGUUGGAAGUGGCUUGUUAUUAGAGUUCUUUUUAUAUCUGAUCAUUUGGAUCUCCCCAUUUUAUGACAGGUUAGAGUUGUGCAGUCACGUUGUUGAUAGCUGCCAACAUAGGAGCUUGAAGAUCCAGUUGUCUUAGAUUAGCUAUUCAAAUCUAUUGUGAUAUUCCUGUUCAAAUCUGUUUUAGAUAAUGGGACUGGUAGAACUAGAAAAAUGACCUGUCAAAUGGGCCAGGGCUCAGUCAUUUGUAGACUUAUUUUGAUUCUUAUCUUACUACACAUAAUGCUAAAAUAUCUAUGCUUCUGACUGGAGCAUUGAGACCUACAUGUUCCUCUGAUGGCUUCUUAGUCUAAUUUCAUUAUUUAUUCUUAUGGAGCUUGUUUUAAGCUUCAUCUUUAAUGCAAUAUAAUGCCUUUUUUAUCAACCUUCCAUGUUUGAAUGAACACACACACACAAAAUUCCAGGUGCAGGCAGAACUUUGUUGUGGUUGUUGGGUGUGCCAUGAGAUGACUUCUGGUGAACCUGACUGCCUUUGUGCAUGUUUGAACUAUUUAAAAAAAGCUUUGCUUUGGCAAUACAGAAAUGUUUCUUGGAUGAGUGUGUCCAGUAAGGCUUCCACCUGAGCCAUGUUGUGACUUUCUUCUCAUUUCCUCCAAACUGCCAUUUACACACAAGCCUUGCACUUCCUUCACAGUGGUUCCACCGUCUCCUCCUGUCUGACUGUGGUGCAGGAGUGUCUCCACCACUGUGGCAACUAGACUGCUCAUUGUGUACCCCCUCUACCUCCUUCCCCACAGCUCUACUUUUUUUAUGCUCUACUACACUUUUAUAUGUCAUGGGUGGUAUAAUUGCCGGUCUGCUACAGGCAAACAUAAUGUAUCCAGUUAAUUGGGCAUAAGUUGUGAAAAUGGGCAUGCUGUGAAAGCAUAGUUUAGCUGAAAUAUCCCAGAUAGGUGUCGGAAAGGUGUUUAAGAGAAGACUCCACAAUUAUGUUCAGUGCUGAAUUAUUUUACAGAAACAACUAAGUUAUAAAUUGAAGUAGUAACAAUUUAGUGAUUCAUACUGCAUGCCACACUAAGGUGAAUGGUGAAUUGUUUACUUUGAUUUCAACCAAGAGGUCAAUUUAAAUUCUUCCCUCUCCCCCUACCCCCCAGUGCUGGAGGAAGUAAACCAUAAUCCCUGGAUUUGUGUUAUGUCUAAAACAGGAAUUCACUCACAAAAAACAAUGAUACGUAGCCAAGGUUUGUUAUUGGCGUACUGUUUGCAGUUUGUUGGCAUGAAAUAAAUCAUGAUCCCAGGUAUGGACAUGGCAUGAAGCCAGGGAAUCAUGCCCUGUAUACUAGUAAGAAGGAGUGAAAGAAUAUUCUUAGAUGUCAUCACUGUAAAUUAUUAACUGUGAUGUGCAAUUCGGGGCAGUGCUCUUCAAAUUUUCAAAGUGUUUUACAAAUAUUACCUCAGUAAUUCUUACAACAGUCUGAAAAGCAUAAUUAUCUGUAUAUUGCAGAUGGGCUGAGACUGAAAGUGGCUUCCCUAAUGCCUCUUAGUAAGUUCACAGCUGAUGUAUGGUUUGAUGCUACUAGGAAGUACAUUUGACUCACAAUAAUGACUAGAUAAUGUAGCCAGAUUCCUUUUAUGGGAAUCACUUCUGUAAUAUAUAGUUCAUAAGGGCCCAAAUUUUGCAUUGUUUUUUAUGCCAUCUUUUCAUGGACUUUCUUGUAAGAGUUAUUCCUUGACUGGAAAAUGAAGUGUGUUGAUCUGUGUAAGUCAGGAGCAGAAAAAUGACAAUCCAAAUUCGGAAUGAGCAGAGGUCUUUCCCUCAGAAAACAUGAGAGGCAAAAUAAGUAGAAUUCCUUGAACCCCAAUGAGUGUGAUAUGUUGCUACAGUUUGCAACCUGCCCUGCCCUGCUUCUACUUUAGGGUUACAUACGCUUCAGGUUACAGACUCCGCUAACCCAGAAAUAGUACCUCGGGUUAAGAACUUUGCUUCAGGAUGAGAACAGAAAUCGUGCUCUGGCAGCGCGGCGGCAGCGGGAGGCCCCAUUAGCUAAAGUGGUGCUUCAGGUUAAGAACAGUUUCAGGUUAAGAACAGACCUCCGGAACGAACUAAGUACUUAACUCAAGGUACCACUGUACCUUUUUUCUUUGGCCAGUCUUUUUUCUACCCCUGAGUGAUCCCAGCCAAUCAGGAAUAGCUUGGGAGUGUGAUAAUGUCAUAACGUGAAUCAGAUCUGGACAUGUAGUGAUGUGCUUCCAGACCCAAAAAGGUUGUGAAGCCUGAUAUAAGCACAUAGUAUAUAACUGAAUAAAGAUGUCUUCUGGGAGAAUGCUGUUGUGCUCAGGUCUUGCUUGUGUGCUUCUUAUGGGCAUGUUGUUGGCCACUAUGAGAACAGGAUACUAGACAAUAUGGGCCUUUGGUCUGAUCCAGCAAGACCCUUGUGUUCUUAUGAUAUGAAUACUUCCUUUAUAUGCCUUAGCCUAUCAUAAUAGCCUGCCUUUCCCUUACUCUCAUUUAUUCUUCUGGAAAAAUGUGCAUGGCCAGUCAAGAAGAGAAUGCUGGUAGUGCUAUCUGAUUGUGAGAAUGGGGUCUGUAGAAUUUUCACCAUUGUGUUACAUUACAUUUUUUAUGUGGGUAUGCUUGAUCAAAUAGUUCAAGCAUAUAAAUUGCAAGUUUUUUGGGAGAGGGGAAAUCACAAGUAUAUGGUUGCCUAAGGAGAAACAACUUUAUUUCAUAAAUGUUAUUCAUUCAUUUGAUAACAUUUAUGUAUCACUUGAUUGUAAAAAAAUUCUACAAGGUGGUUCACAAAAAGAACAAAACAAUAAAAUUAUUGAUAAAAGGUGUUAAAACAACUAUUUGAAUCCUUCAAAAAAAUAAAACUUGCAGCAAACUAAAUCACACCCUAUAAGUUUGUUCUUGGAAGUAUACUUUUCUCUCUGUUUUGUUUAGGCCUGGCUUCUAAUUAUUUGAAAGAUUCUUCUAGGUGUGUUUGGUCAUGUGGGCCAUGCAAUUUAUUUGUCCUUCACAUAAAGAUUAAUAGCAGUGGGGCUACUUUUUGUAUGACCAUAAAACUUGCACGUAAGUAUUUUCAGGAGUUGUUGGGGACCUUUGUUUACUGGAAUCUUUUUCGCAUUCCCAGAGCUAUGUGUGUGAUUUCACUAAGCUCUGAGCAGUUGAAGCCAUUGAGGAAAGCCCCUGUGGUUCAAGCCAGGGCUGAUUUAAGCAUGUAACCGCCAUAAUCAGGAGGUUACAAUUGCCCUAAUUAGUUGCAGAACCUCAAGUCUUAUCUAAUGCAAGUUACAUUUAUAAGAUAGCCAUUAAUCAAAUCACCCCUUGUGAAGGAAUGGUGUCAGCUGGUAAGCAUACUCCACCAUAAUUGAACUCAUUACUCUUUUUGCACAUCUUGAAAAGUCCAAGCUUACCACUCUUUUAUCAAGAGCAAGACCACCUUAUUAGAGUAAGGUUUGAGGAGUGGAAAUGCUCCUAUGACUUGGCUUUUGCUGUGUGGCAUAGCAUGUAAUUGAUGUCACUUGGGAUUGUCUCAGAAACACUACUACAUAGGUAAUGAUACUCUGGUCCAAACCAGAGGAAAGGCUGUAGUUCCAUGGUAGAGAACAUCUGCUUUUUAUGCAGAAGGCCACAGUUCCAGUCCCUGGCAUCUCCAGGUACAGGUAUGAGAGACCUCUUCAGGAAACCCUGGAGAGCUGCUGCCAGUCAGUGUUGGCAGUACUGAGCUAUAUAUACCAACAGUGAUUUUUUUUAAUAAGGUGACUGCUUUUUAUGUUGGAUUUCUAUGAAAAGGCCUUUUUGAGAGUGAGGUAAUAUGAUAGGUUUUUCCUAUAACCGAGGGUGCACCACAUCCUCAUUUGUUUAGCUUUUUGGAACCAUCCCUGAAGUCUUCUUUGUGCCAUUCUUUCAAACAGUCUACACUGCAGGAGUUGGCUUUUCUCCCUCAUCUUGGUUAGACCCCUUCCUUGCCUCCAGAUCCCCUACCCACAUUCUUUGUUUCUGAAACAUGUACAGUGGUACCUCGGGUUAAGAACUUAAUUCGUUCUGGAGGUCUGUUCUUAACCUGAAACGGUUCUUAACUUGAAGACCACUUUAGCUCAUGGGGCCUCCUGCUGCUGCCGCGCAAUUUCUGUUCUCAUCCUGAAGCAAAGUUCUUAACCCGAGGUAAUAUUUCUGGGUUAGCGGAGUCUGUAACCUGAAGCAUAUGUAACCCGAGGUACCACUGUACCUUGUUUUGCAUCAGGAGUAGGCAGGACACUCACCAGUAUCUUUCUAAAAAAGGGGGGGGGAUGUUUAUUCUUGUGUUGCCACCCUUUGGACCUCUUGUGGGGCAUCAUGAUGAUCACAGGGUCUGGGUUGAUGAUCUUUAUAUGAUUAGCACUAAUUUUAAAUAUAUCUUUAUCUGUUGCACCUGAAUUCUUUUAUGCUUUGCUAUUUAAUGUUCUUUAAAAAAAUAUUGUAAGGUAGCCUGAGCAAUUCAAAUACAUAGAAAUAAAUUGAAAGAAUGGGGUAUACAUUCCAUAAAUAAUAAUAAAAUCAUCUCUAAAAGUAAAUACUUGAGAUUGCCCGUGACAUUUCCAUCAUGUAAGUGCUAUAUCAAAGAUUGAAAGAGGAAUGCUUUUAUUGUAUUCCAUACAAUAAGCAGUACAUGAUACAAAGAGCCUAUCAUUUAACAGUCUGAUUAUAUGAAUCUAUGACCGCUUUUGAAUAUUGCAUAUGAAAUAAGAGGAUGUCUUGUAUCCCUUGUUCUAGAUCUAAAAGUGUGACUGUGACACAACAGUCCCAUUUUCUGCUUUUGCCUCUUUCUAUUGUGUCAUUAGGGACGCGGGUGGCGCUGUGGGUAAAACCUCAGUGCCUAGGACUUGCCGAUCGCAUGGUCGGCGAUUCGGAUCCCCGUGGCGGGGUGAGCUCCCGUCUUUCGGUCCCAGCUCCUGCCCACCUAGCAGUUCGAAAGCACCCCUAAGUGCAAGUAGAUAAAUAGCGGGAAGGUAAACGGCGUUUCCGUGUGCUGCGUUGGUGCUGGCUCGCCAGAGCAGCUUCAUCACUCUGGCCACGUGACCCGGAAGUGUCUCCGGAAAGCGCUGGCCCCCGGCCUCUUAAGUGAGAUGGGCACACAACCCUAGAGUUGGACACGACUGGCCCAUACGGGCAGGGGUACCUUUACCUUUAUUGUGUCAUUAUAUAGGCUCUGUGGCCAAAGAGAUGGGCACAAGGCUGUUCUCACUAAAAUUAAUAAGAAGUUUUUGGAGAAACAGGUUGAUUCCUGCACCCCUCUGACCUGGUUCAUAGACUUUGAUUUGCUGUUUACCUGCAGUAGCACAAGCUCAUAAUUGUGCUGCUACACAUUAUGAAGAUAACAUUUCAAUGCAAAUAUUAUUAGUAACUAAGAAGUAAGAGUUUGGCUGAUGCCUUAGUGAUCUGUAUUGCUUAUAUCAUUCAGUUAUUUCUAAUAUAGAGGAUGGUACUUUGGCCUUUUAAACAUGAUUGGGGGGGUGAAUAUUGGGUUUUUUGUGUUAUGUAUAUUGUGCUCUCAUUUUGUUUUUUUAUUUUGUGAACUGCCCUGUGAUCUUCGUAUGAAUUAAAAUAAAUAAGUAAGUAAGUUCUACUGAGUUUGGCAGGAUUUAUUCUCUGAAAUGUCUGUGUAGGAUACAUCUGUGCAAGAUUGCAGCGUUAAUCAAGUAAUCAUUUUAAAUGUGAAUAUGAAAGAAAUUGUAGCUCCUCUGAAGUAAAAAAGGACAUUUGUUAUAUUUUCAGAUUGUGCAUGCAUGUUGUAGCAGCCGCCAUAGGGGUGAAUGCCUCUUUUAAGAUGAUGCUUGUCAUUCAUAGUGUUUAUAUGUAAGUCUAAUAACAGCUUUUUAAAAUAGGCAGCAGAUGUUUAUACAUGGGACUCCCCUGCAUAUCAAUCAGAUGUUGCUGUUUUUUUUUAAACUAGGCUAAUCUAACUGAUCAAACACUGCAUACAGGGAUAAUGUGUGAUUCAGAGAUUCAGAUACCUAUUGUUACUAGCAAGCAGAAACUUCUACAAUUGCCUGACACUCCUGAAAUUAUUGGGCAGAACAAUCCUAAUGGAGUGGGGGAGGGAAAACCUGUGGCCAAAGCAACUGCCAAAUCUGACUUGUAAUUACUGGGUGGAUGUUGAGGGAGAGUGGAUGAAGAGAAAAUGAGGGCACCAUCUCCAGGGCUGGCAUAUUUUCCCUCCUGUGUCAAGUGAAUAGGAGCCCUCAGGUCCAAAGCCUCCCUAGAUCUACUCUUGACAUACCCUUUUAAUCUUGAGGAGGCCUCUGGAGGUGGACCUCCCUCUCUCCCUGUGGACAGGUAGAUUUGUAAUAUCCUAUGGCAGCUGCAAAGGGUCAUAGGAUUGUGUCCUGACUGAUUUUUAGUAAUUAUUCAUUGAAAGGAUCACACUUUGAAAAUGUUUAUGGAGUGAUGCUAACUGAUGCUUCUUUUUAAGUAAAUUGGUAAUCUAUGAAAACUAAGGUAUGUUUCAAGUUUUCUGAACCUAUAAGGCUAUAAGCUCACGGUUAGAAUAGUAAAAGUUUUGGGCUUAGAAAUAAAGGAACUAUUGUGUAUCUUUGUUUAUAAGAUGGGAAACCUUAAGAGAUUGUAAGAUGCCAGUGUAUCUGAAAUGUUGUAUGUGCUUUGCUGUAGUUUAUCUAUCAGAAUAACAGUAGGGAAUCAGUAGGGAGGGAAUCAAAUUGACUCUAAGCCAAAGGCCAGGCGGAACAACUCUUACCUCUAGGGUGUUGCUGUUUAUGGACCUUAAGGUCUUUUGUGGGGCUUUAAAGGUCAAAACCAGCACCUUAAAUCUGACCCUGUACUCCACCGGGAGCCAGUGCAGCUGGAAAAGCACUGGGUGAAUAUGCUCCCAUGGCAGAGACCCUGUGAGGAGCCUCACUGAGGCAUUCUGCACCCGCUGGAGUUUCUGGGACAGCUUCAAGGGCAGCCCUGCAUAGAGCAAAUUAUAGUAGUCAAGCCAGGAGGUGACCAUCGCAUGGAUCACUGUGGCCAGGUCGGGGAGGGAAAGGUAAGGGACCAACUGCUUGACGCAGCGAAGGUGGAAAAAUGUCGCCUUGGCUGUUGCUGUAACCUGCGCCUCCAUGGAAAGGGAGGUGUCAAGGAUUACACCCAAACUCUUAACGGAAGGCAAUGGCACUAAUUGGGCCCCCGCAAGAGAAGGGAGUUGGUCCCUCAUUCCCAUACCAUCCCAACCCAGCCAGAGGACCUCUGUCUUCUAAGGAUUUAGUUUCAUUCGGCUCCCACGAAACUAUCCAGCCACAGCUUCCAAGCAUCUGGUCAGUGUUUUCGGGGCCGAGUUGGUGUGGCCAUCCAUCAGCAGAUAGAGCUGAGUGUCAUCAGCAUAUUGGUGACAGCCCAGCCCAAAGCUCCGGACAAUCUGGGCAAGGGGGCGCAUAAAGAUGUUAAAAAGAAUCGGGGAGAAGAUUGCACCCUGCGGCACUCCACACACUAAGGAGUGGCGCGACGAUAUCUCCUUCCUUAGCGUCACCCUCUGUUCCUGACCAGAGAUAAAAGAGCACAGCCAUUUAUGGGCUAUGCCCUGUAUCCCCAUUGUCGGCGAGGCUGUGGUCCAGAAGAUCAUGAUCGACCAUGUCAAAGGCUGCUGACAAAUCUAAAAGAAUCAGCAGUCCCGACCCACCUCAAUCCAGUUGUCUACGGAGAUCAUCUGUUAGGACAACCAGAGCCGUCUCGGAUUGUGAUUGAAAUCUUGGCUGUAUAUUGUAUUUAUAUCAUAGCCUGUCCUGACACUAGAUCUUAGAAGACAAGUACUGUAACAGCAAUGUGACCAAGACAAAAGGAUCCCUCAUACUUCAGCACUGUGAAAAUUCUUCAGCAGCUGGUAACCUAUAUCCUGCUCCAGCUACCUGAGCUUCCUCCCACUUUGUUUUUUUCUCCUGCUGCUGCUAAGAUGCAUAAGAAUCAUCUUGAAAAAUAUACAUUGGGUUUUUGUAUUAGUUUAUUAUGUCAGUUAGAAAAAACUUUCACAAUUCAGUCUAAUAUAAACAUGUUAAAUUUCAAAUUUAUUAGCUAAAAUCCAUUGUCCUCCUGUUAAACAGGAGUAAGACAGCUUACAAUGGGGGAAAUAUCUGACUUCAGGAUCAAACAAAGGUGAUUUAUUAGUUCAAGGAUGUGUUGUGAACUUUCUAGUGGAACCAGGGGCUGCACGUCAUCAAAGGUAUUAAAUAAGAUCCAAGAUAUGUCAUUUUGGAUCUCAUUAGGGUCAUCUGCUGACAUCCUGCCCCCGGUAAUCUUUUAUUCCUAUUUUAUGGCAUCCAACUACAAUGGUACCUCGGGUUACAUACACUUCAGGUUACAUACGCUUCAGGUUACAGACUCCGCUAACCCAGAAAUAUUACCUCGGGUUAAGAACUUUGCUUCAGGAUGAGAACAGAAAUCGUGCAGCGGCAGCAGGAGGCCCCAUUAGCUAAAUUGAUCUUCAGGUUAAGAACCAUUUCAGGUUAAGAACAGACCUCCAGAACGAAUUAAGUUCUUAACCCGAGGAACCACUACCUGAGUUCUGUAGUAUGUUGAUUUCUCAAAUUAUAAAUAAAUACGGGUUAGUCACAGUAUAGUCUUAUUGACAUUUUCAGUUAGUAAAUGAUCUUACUGCAGGGGUAGGGAACUUGUUCCAGCUCAGGGGCAAACUUCUUGGGGCCACCUGCCAGAGGUGCUGGUUUUGCCCAAAGCAAAAAUGGGUGAAGCAACAAAUAACAGUUUUUUAAAUCUUUGUGCAGUAGGCUAGUUUCUCUCCGUCUCUAUUAGAGGUUGAAAGGAUAAGUGUGGGCCAGCUUCAAAGAACAGUACUGGGAGAAACAGUUUACUUUUAAUGGAAACUGCUUUCCCAGCAAUUAGACUAAAAUGUGUUUUAGCUUUUUCAAUCCUUUUUUGUCUUUUUGCAGGAUGGGGGAGUGGUCUUCAACAAGGGUGCUGCUGGGACAGGAAGGGUUGGACAGUUCCGGAUCUAGCCCUUAGACUCAAAAUGGUAUCCCACCCCCUGUUCUUAUGCAUUAAUAUUUUCUUGUGGCAAAAUGCAUCAUAGCUGUUACCUUAAUAUUUUUGUUGAAUAUUUAUGAAAGAAGAAAAACUUUUGAGAAAGCAGUUUUGUCCUGAAUAACUUAAUAGUUAGCUUCUCAUUUGGGUUGAUAAUUUCAAAGUUUGCAUUCUGUUUUGCCACAAUAAACUGGCUUAGCAAAUUCCCUAUAAAAGGUGGCUACUGUGCUCUCUGAUCUGAAGGAAAAUAUAGGUUCAUUGAGUGUUAUCUGUUUUAAAUCUGAGCAGCUGUUUUGAUUGUAUUAUAAAAGGAAGUAAGAUGAUGACUCAUACAACCCAGAGAGGUGUUAUAAAAAAUAGUUUCUGGUUUGGCCUGUGUAACUGAAGGUGGGGUAGGAAGCUGUGUAAUGAAGUAAUAACUUUGAGACUGGUAUGCUGUGAUGCUGUAGAGAUCUAGAAAAUUGAGAGACUGAUGUAUGGAGAUGGUGUUAACUGGCUUUCAUUAUGAUAAUUUUAAGAUUCCUUAUCAGUAAAACAUUUUAUGAGUAAUGCUCAAAUAAACUCUCUCCCUGAUUCUUGAGAUUGAAAGUUUAAUGUUUGCUACUUUUUGAUUCAUUGGUACCUCUUCUUCCAAAAUUAAUUGAAGUGUUAUCAAUGGCAUGCUGAGGAUAUCCAUUCCAUCUGAAUAAGGAGAGGCAGUGCAGGUGCUGAAUCAGUGUUAGGAGACAGUAUUGCAUUGUUGCCAUUGGCAUUUUUGACCUGGCUUAAGGUGCUCAUGAUGACGUAUAAAACCCUACAUGAUUUAAGUCACCAAUACCUGAAAAAAAACCUUCUUCCCCUGUGCUUGCUUGCCUUGCCUGCCUGUUAAAAUCUGCAGAGGAGGCCAUUGCAGAGGUGUGGAGGAAGGUUUUCUCUUUUGAAACCUCUGUACCAUUUUCAAGGGCAGCCCCUCAUAGAAUAUAUUACUGUAGUCUAGAUUAUCCUUCCUGUUCUUGGUUCAGGCCUGGAUAUAGGACUGAAUCAGCCUUUGUUGCCCUAAUUUCUUGAUUGAGGGUGGGACAUGGGGAAUGUUACUGUUCUUGAUUUUUCUGUGGCUUUUGAUACUAUUUACCAUUGCAUCCUCCCGGACCCACUCUGAGAUUGCUAUUGGAGACACUGAACUGUAGUGGUUGUGAUCCUCUCUGUAGGGGCAAGUCUAGAGAGUAGCAUUGGGAGAGUGCUUAUUGCUUAUUUGCCACUGAAGCCAUGGUGACUUUAAGUGACAGAUAUGGCUCAUGCAGUACCCACAAGCUACACACCUGCUUAUUUAGGGGAAUGCAACAUUAUCUAGAUCAGGCUGUUCCUUCAAACCCCAGAGAAAGAGUUGAGUGUCACCAUUGUACUGACAACACAUCACCCCAGGUUCUCUGAUAACCUCUCCUGGUGGCUUCAUAUAGGUGUUAAAAAGUAUGGGAGACAAAAUCAAACUCUGGGACAACACAUGUGCUCCUAUGGGACAUCAUAUGAAGAGGAUGCAACUUUAAAUGUGCAGUAGUUGAAUUUUUUUAAAAAAAAUUUCCUGGGCUUCAGUAGGAUAGAAAGAAUCACUCUCAGCCAGGAUUUAAUCUUGUGUGUGUCCAAUAGUAAAUAAACUUUCAUAAUCCUUAUGAGCAUUCUAUGGUUUUGUGUCCUGCCUUUGUAUACCACUGCACUUGAAUUAAUGGUUGAAUAACCUGUUACAUUCAGCAGAUAGUUGUAUUGCUACUCCAUGGAAUUGCAGACAUGUUAUAGAACAAUAGACUUCAGUUCAAGGCUGUAGAAAUAAACCUGUUGCAAGCUUCAAAACAAUGCUAUUUGUGCUGCUUCUGGCCUUCUGGUCUGGAGUGGAAACAGGUAUAAGAGAGGUUUGUGUGAUUGGCCAUCAAGAAGUGGCAGGUAAAGGGAAAGGAAGGGAGGCUCUCCCCGCUGUAGCAAUUAUGGGCAGAUUUGGCCUUUGGCUUUCAGUCAGAAUACCCUGACCUAGUGAUCUGAAAAUGAGAUUGAAAUUCUUGCACUGCAUAUUAUUAGAAUGGAUGAAACAUAUUUAAGAUGACUUGCAUUAUUACUGAUAUGUCAUGGUAUUUCUGCCUGUGGAAUGUGGUAUUGUAGAAUGCUGUUCAUUCAAAUUUUAUUUAAGGCAACGUUCUGAUUCAUCUGAGGCAAGUGACAGCAUUUCCUUAUGAGUAUGUACCGGAGCUGACCAGAGUUGCCACACAAGUUUUCUUGUCAUACACAGGAUAUGCAUAUAUAUUUAUUCAGAGAAGUGUUGGUGAAAGGGUGUUGAGAGAAAGUGGCUUUUUCACCCCCUUAUCCCUUCCUGAACCCCUAAAAUAGGAUGGGCUAUAUCACAACAGUAGAAAGGGGGAGAUGGUCAAAAUUUGGGCAGAAACACCUUCCAUUGAACAUGCCAUGAUGGUAUUAAUUAUAUGUGACGUAAUUAGGUGAAUCCCAACAUGCUAGCCAUAGUCAUGAAGAAGUAUUUCCUCGAGAAAAUCUGAUUUUGGUUCAUUAGAACAUUAAAAAUCACAUCCAUGCAAAAUGUGACAAGUUUGUUAGCUUGUACAACUGAAUUACUGUCUAAGCAAUAAAGUCCUCAGAGUGGUUUAUGUAUGUAAUUCUCUUUGUACAGUAAUAUACUUGAUUGCUUUUCUGUUUAGUUUUAUUUAUUUAAAACUUUCUGCCUUUCAGUUUAAAUAUUUUUCGGGCUAACUUAUAAAAUAGAAAUUAAACAAAUAUAACAAGAUUAAAUAGCGAACUACGAACUCUCAUUACAGCAGUGAUUUUUUUAAAGUUGUAUUGUGGUGGUUUGCUUGUUUUUUGCAAGCUGCAAUACAAAUGGAACAUGUUGUAGCCUGCAAAUAAUAAGCAAACAAAGCAGUAUAGUAAGCAUGAAUAUAAAUAUACAAAGGUGUGUUGAUUUGUUCAAGCUCUGUCAAAUAAUCAGCGUGCAUAAGAAGUUGACUUUGAAUUCAUGGGCUUUACAAGCACAAUCCUGUUGUCAUUCCCUCUGGGAUCAAUGUUCAGGUUGUGAGCGCAGUGUCUUGUGUAACCAACUUGACAUAAAGAAAGGUGGAUCAAAAGACAGUUGGGCACGGUGGGCUCUUGUUUCUCUUCCUCUUGACCAGGGUUUCCCCAGCUUUGGUCUCCAGCUGUUUUUGGACUACAACUCGAUUCAUCCCUAGCUAGCGUGACCAGUGGUCAGGGAUUAUUGUAAUUGUAAUUCAAAAACAGCUGGACACUCAAGUUUCGGAAACCCUGCUCUAGAAAAACCACAGACUGUAACCAAUAUUUGUUUUGUGGUUUGCAGCUCAUGGUUUGUUUGGAGAAGACAAAGCAAAAACCUGGGUUUGGAUAACAUGCUUGGCCAAACCAUGGCUUAGCUUGCAGCAGUGCAGGAGGAAGUCUGGGCCAGGAAUGCUGCAGUCUCCUCUCUGGGAUCCCUUACUGUCAUAUCAAGCUGUUUCUUUCUUGCUCUUUUUUGUAAUCAGAUGGCAGGAAUGUGUGUUCAAAGCAAACAUGGAUAAGCUUAGAUUCUUAUGAUCCUUAACACAUUUGUAGGGUUUUCAUAACAACCAAAGCACUGAAUAUAUUGUUGGUUUAUGGAAUAUUUCAUUGGCACUGUUUCUCAACAAUACAGUGGGUGCUCGGGUUGCGGACGUGAUCCUUUCUGGAUGCACGUUCGCAACCCACAGCGGCGCGGGUUGCGAUUCAGCACUUUGCGCAUGCGCAACUGCCGAAACCUGGAAGUAACCUGUUCUGGUACUUCCAGGUUUCAGCGGUCUGUAACCCGAAAAAACACAACCUGAAGCGUCUGUAACCCGAGGUAUGACUGUACUGUUUUCUGUCUCUCUUCAGACUAUUGUUGCUUUCACUUGAAAUUCAUUUUCAAAUAUUUUAUCAUUUCUCUCAUUGCUGUUAGCCCUUCUGUAACUAAAUCUGUACAUACAGUAGACUUUCGGCAUUUAAUAUGAAUUUUAUGUCUGUCCAAUUUAAAAACGUAAUGUUAUAAAGUAAUGUAGCUGAACAUGUCUUUGCUUUCAGCUUGAUUAAUGGGGAAAAAUGCAUGUUCUCACACAUGAUUCUGUGAUUCUGGGACAUUUUCAUGGAGUUUCCCAUGUUGUGUCCUGUAAUGAUAAGAAAUGCUUUUGUAAGAGAUACCCACAAUUAUUUGCUUUCCCCCUUUGUCUGUUUUUGUUAUAUAUUCAGUAGCAUAUUUUUUUGUCAUUGUUACUCUUGUGUUCUGUUGGGCAUAAUAUUAAUAUAUGCUAUUGUUUGAUAGCAAGAAAACAGAAACAUCACCUUCUAGAUGCUAGCAUUUAGUAGGGGGGAAAGCUGGUCCAGUAAUAAAAUGGGAUAUAGUUAACCCAAGUUCUGAAGAAGGGUUAGGCAACAAGAAGAUAAGUAGCCCAGGAAAACUGUAGGCUAUUUCUCUAGUUAAAAGAUAGUUUUUAUAUAAGGCUGAAUGUGAGGGCUAGUGUAUCCUUUCAUAAGGAAAAGGUAGACCUGCUGACUCUGACAACUCAUUCUUGUCUUAAGUCUAUAUCAGACUGCUUUUUAAUGUAUUAAUACACUUUUGUAGGCGUUGGUAAUAAUUGUACCACUUACAUUGUAGCUGAAUUGCCAACAAUAUUGUGAGCACUCAUCUUGAAAUUUGUGUUGAACAGAGUCUAAUGUUAUAUGGGAGAUACAAAUCUGGAGAAUGUGGAGAAGGACUCUGAACUCCAAAUGGGACCUGUGAAGUUAGGGCUUGGCUCAGUUCUGUUUGUGUCCUGUUUAACUCUGCUUGGUGGUGGUGACUGGUAGUAAUUGUGGUAGUGGUGAGUAAAUUGUCUGGAACACAGUUGAGAAGGUGCAAAAAACAAUCCUUAUCCCAGAUAAUGGGAUUGGAAAUGGGAGGUAACAGACUCAUGAAGUUUUAAAUGUGUGACACUGUAAUGCAGAUGAAUGUGUUGUGAUUAACUCUCAGUCUACCUGAGAUGCAUUCUUUGCAUUUUAGGGGUCCUUGUACAGCCCAGCUAUCACAGUGUUAAGUCGUUUUGCUUGUCUGUGUUUAAUGGGAGAUUAGACAACUGUAUUGAAGAUAAAGCUUUCAGUGACUACGAGGAACAAGUGGAAGAGGAAUGUUGCCUUCAUGUUCUUCUUUUGAGCUUCCCAUGUGCAUUUGGUUGAUCGCCGAGAGCAAAAGGGUGUAAGAGAAGAGAGUAUUUUUUAUGAUCUACCAUGGCUCUUCUUUAUGUCUAUCUACCCAAUCUGAAAAGCCAGUUCCCAACAUUUCAUUGCACUCUACCAAAAAAUAGAAUUCAGAAUAUUGCUGUCUAAAUAGAAACAGACAUCAUUUUUUUUAAUUGCUGUCCUUGGUGACCACUUCAGGUUUAGCCUAAUGUACACUUUCCCUUGCAUGUCAAUUAAUGGUCGUCAUACAAUUUUAUGAUAAAGCAUUGUAUUUAGGACAAAUUUGUAUUUGGAAAAAUUUGUGACGAGAGCCCCUUCUUCCUAACACUGGGUAUUCAGCCUUCAUUGACAGAGAUUCCACAGGGGCAUCUUUCUGCAGAGGUCCCGAGUGGCCUUUACAAUAUGCAGAAGUUCUUUGUCUGUGCAUGCAACUUACCUAUUGAAACAACAGGCAUUUUGGGUAGUUCUUAAGACAUACAAAUUGGAACCUUUGCUCCUAACUCUGCAUUGUAUAUAUAAACAUAAAACUUUAUAACAGUGCUUCAGACAAUUCCUAAUGCCAAUGGAGUAAAUAGAGCCAUAAUUUAUAUGGAACUCCCUGCCACAGGAGGUUAGGUUAUCUCCUCCUUUGCUGGUGUUCAUUCAACUAGAAAGUUCUUUUAUAAAAAGCUUUUGACUUUUGUGGUUUUAGGGGGUUUUAUAGUCUGGCUCUCUUGUGUUCAGUUCUUGGAUGUUUUGUUGUGGUGGAGAUUUUUUAAAAUGAAAUAUCAUUGCUAUGUUGUUGGUGUAUUGCUUUAGCUGUUUUGGGCAUCUCUAUUCAGAGAGGAAAUGUGAGUUAUAAAUUAUAAAUGUUCAGCUUUUGCCACACCUUAUCUGUUGUGGAAUGCUCUCCCCUGAGAGUCGUAUGUGCCUAGAUCUAUUCUUGCCUUUUAGAAAGUAGAUGAAGACUAGGCCAGAGAGCCAAUGAGUCUUCCUGCAUUUGCGUAUCUGAAUUUGGUUUAGUGAAUUGCAGGGAGAGAGAUCAAGAGAAAGUAUGUGCUUAGUUUCUGAAGAGCUGCUCACAUGCCACAACUGUUUCUCUCUGACCCAUGAAAAAAUGUUGGCAUUCAUAACUUGGAUGGGGUGGUGAGGACUAGUGGGAGGGACUGCUGUUAGUACUGCACUGUAAAACAGCACAGUGUAAAUCUGGGAUAGGCAACCUUCUCAAUCCGGCCCGUGGAUAGUCCAGGAAUCAGCGUGUUUUUACAUGAGUAGAAUGUGUGCUUUUAUUUAAAAUGCAUCUCUGGGUUAUUUGUGGGGCAUAGGAAUUUGUGUAUUCCCCCCCCCAAAAAAAAUGGUCUGAGGGACGAUGGACCGGUCCACGGCUGAAAAAGGUUGCUGACCCCUGGUGUAAAUGAUGAUUUCUCUUUUUCCUACUGGAAGUAUGUGGGGUAUGUGGUGAGCAAAUGGGGUAAGUUAUGGAGUGAGCAAAUCACUUGAGUAGAUAAGCAGGUGGGGAUCAUUUCUUGAUUAUUAUUUUUGCAAGGCUAACCAGUCUGUUUUUACAUACAAUUUUUGAGUGGCUCCCAUAUUUAUUUAUUUAUUUAGUUAGUUAGUUAGUUCUCACUUUGACCCUCCAGGUUUCACAAGUCUCAGGAGGACUUCUGCCCCCUCCCUUCUUCUGCGCUUCUUCCCCUGGCUAGGGCAGUACUCCUCGGUGGAAGGGGGCAUAUAUGUGAGUGCAUAUCUUGUUGCUGAGCUGCUGAGUUAGCACUUACGCAUUAGUUUUGUACUGUGGAGAAAAUGUGGAGGUUUCCAGUGUACCCUAGCAAGUAAGACCUAGAGAUUCCUGUCAUGGCUUUUAGUACGUUACUUGCUGCUUAGUAUUUGGAUGUUCACAAGAUGCUUGUGGGUUUACGUAGGAUAUCAUUAUCCUAGUUACGAUAAACAUUCCUGUGAAACAAUGAAAGUCCUAUGUUGUGCAUGUAUAUGAACUAUCUCACAUUCCCUUUACCAGAUAAUUCCCUAGAAUUUCACAUGGCAACUACUUCGAUAACUUGAAUUUAGGGCUCUAAAGGUUAAAGCUGGAGUUUUGAAUUGAGCCCAGAAGUGGACUGGAAGCCAGUGCAGAUGAUGAAGCACUGGUGUAAAGGGAUGGUAUUUAUCCAUCAUGCUCAAAUAAUGUGGCCACCUUAGUUUGGAUCAAAUGAAGAGAUUCUGGACUGUUUUCAGAGGCAGACCCACACAUUAUAGUAAUCGAACUGAGAGGUUACAAGAACUGGCCAACUAGCCUUUAUUUGUCCAUGUAGGGUCACAGUUGUUACAUCAGCCCAAGUUGAUAAAUGCAUAGUGCAUUAAUGUAAGAAUGCAGCUAUUGCAGAUCAUGUACCUUGGCUGUCUGAAGAAGAUAGACUGCUUUGUGAGGGUAAUGUUCCUUUAAGAGAUGAGCUGGAAAGAACCACUUGAAAUAUACUAGAAGUGAAGGGAUGUUGCCAGUAGCAGUCCGAGUGUGAGAGAGAACUAAGAUGGACUGAUAUUGUACUAAAGCAUGUAACAAGUUUCUAGCAUUGCGGAAUAAUGCAGGGAUCUAUUUUCAUAAUUGCAAUUUUUUUGGUGGACAUUCUAAAUAUUUUAGGAUACAUAAUUUUGAAAAUAUAAAAAAUAACCCUUCUGCAUUUGCCUGAAGUUUUUUCUCCUUUCUGUACUUAUUCAUGGUUUAUGAAGCUUAGGAUGAUCAUAAUACAAUUAACCAGUUGUAAUAAAACCUGAAGCAGUGGUGCAGUUAAUACACUGUGUUUAAACAUCAGUCUAUAAAGUCUAUAUAUACCUUGUGUAUUGUUUUCAAAUAACUCAGAUUUCAUUCGUGAAAUUUUAUAGGACGGACUCCAGUUGAGUCUCCCUGGGGGGUGGGGUGGGUUCCAUAAGUGGGGAUCAUCACCAAUAAGGCCCUUUCUCUGGUUGACACCACCUCAUGUCACAUGGGGAAACUUGAAAAAAGAGCCUCUGAUGAAAAUCUCAAGGUAAAGGCAGAUAUAUAGGGCAGAAGAUGUAAUUUGGAACUAUUAUGAUACAGAUCAUUCAGUUGUGGAAUCUUAAUGUGAUGCAUUCACCAUGAUAAAUGUUGUUUUAGGAUCAGUAAACAUGUUCUUCAUGAAAAGUGCUAAAAUUUAAAACGUUGCAGUAGUCAAGUUUCAAAUGCAGCUCACUUGGAGUUAUUUGUUUAAACUGUUUCUGAUACAGAACUAAGCAUAUUUAAAAUCAAAGCACUCCAGUUUAUAUAGGGUAUGGGUAUGAAGAAGAGUUAUUUGCUAUGGCAGUUAUGUGCUAUUUCCAGUUGUAGGGAAAGUAAACAUAAGAGACUAUUUUCUCCACUCAUACACUUUUUUUCUUGGAAUGUGUUGAAUAUGUAAGAAUAACUUGGUGUACUGGAGAGGCAAAAUCAUUGAUAAAUGUAUAGAAAUAAAUUAUUACAUAAAAAAGCAAGUGAAUUGACAAAAUGUCAUUGAUUCUAUUUUAUUUCAUUACAGGAUCUGGAAUUCCAUGGAGUUAUGAGAUUUUAUUUUCAAGACAAAGCAGCUGGGAAUUUUGCAACAAAAUGUAUCCGUGUGUCUAGCACUGCUACAACUCAGGAUGUGAUAGAAACACUUGCGGAGAAAUUUCGGCCGGAUAUGCGGAUGUUAUCAUCCCCUAAAUACUCACUUUAUGAAGUGCACGUCAGUGGAGGUUAGUGUAUUAAGUUUGAGACUACUCAAAACUUAAAACUGUAUCUAUAUUAAUUGCAGAGAGAGAGGGAGAAAAAUUUGGCUUAGAAGAUUAAGUAAUUUCCAAUCACUGCUUGGCAGUUACAUUGCUUGGCAGUUUCCCUUGGCAGUUACAUUGAUUAGAGACAACAAAAUUGUCAGUUAAAAUGACAUAUUGAAAACUUGCAACAUAAAACAACAUAACAAAGACACACACUCACAAAUUACAAUAUGAGAAAAUUCAGAUUCAAAAUGUAAGACCUCAAGAUGUGGCCUCAGAAAAAAAGUCUCCCAAUGCCUUAAUGAAGAGGAAGAUCUUGCAUUGGUUUUUGAAGGCUUGGAGACUUGUUCUGAGAUUUGUUUUUUAAAGAAGCAUGUCCACAAUGCUGGGUUUACAGUAGUGUAGAAUGAUUUUUCAUUAACUGAUGCCAGCUAUUAGUCCACACAGUAAUGAUAAUAUGAAUUAUUGUAUUCUCAAGAUUAAUUAAUAGAAUGCUUUUGAACAUGGAUUGUAAAUUUCAGCUGGCUCAGAAUGUGGUACCUCACCUCUUAAAGAGAGUUGGUAUUAAGCAAUAUACACAACUACUUUCUUUCAUUUGCACUCGUUACUGAUUUCUCUCUAGGACCCUGCUUGCUAGAAACAAUGUGUAAUCUUAAUAUAAUCAUGCAGGAAAACGGUUUCUACAGAAAGCUCAGAAUUGCACAUCUGAACAGAAUAACCAUUCAUUGUCUUAGAAAUAACAGUAGAAGAUUGUUAAGCCAAACUCUGAAAUACUCCUUAAUGCUCUCUUCCAUUGACAUCUUUUUCUUCAGGCUGUAAUAUACCAAGCAGUACAUGUACAUAUAGCGUGCAGACAUUGCCUUUCAUAAUUAUUUUAAAGUAUUUUACUCAUUUGUGUAUUUCUCUUUUGGAAAUUAUACAAAUUUUCUAGAAAAGAAAAACUGAAGUUUUUCUUCAGGCUUCAUGUCAGGAUUUGAUGCUAACAUUGUAUACCAGCUGAUAGUUAGGAACUUCAUUAGGUUUUCUAGGGCUGCUUGUAAUAAGUGUUUUUUGUGUGCAUAUCUGCUUUUCUGUGGGUUCUCCUUAUUCUUGACUGGUUGGAACUGUUAAGUGUCUACUGUUUCAGCUUUUAAGAAGUAACCUUGACAUAAAAUGCUUUGGGCUUCUGUCUUGCUAGUACUGCUUUUAAUUUUUUUUUAAUAAUCUGUUAGAUGUUGAUGUCUGGAUAUCUGGAGUUUGGUAUCAUCACUGUGUUUAUGACACUCCGUUUUCUUUCAUUCUGGACUGGUUUAGGAAUGUGAAUAUUGACUAUGAACUAGUUUGUGUUUUGAUUUGGUAGUGGAUUGGAUAUGUCUUGGUAAACUGAAGCUGAAUUGAGAGUCAGCAUGAUCUAGCGAAAGUGCUGUUUUGUUUUAUUGGUUUUAAAAGCUGUUUCAGGCUUACAAAUUUAUUUUAAUCUCUUACCAUAAACUUUUAAUCCACAUUCCCCAUUUCUUAUAGAGAUGUUCAAAAGUGUCUUACAAAAUCUAACAGAACAUCCAGAAUUUUAAAAAGUUAUAUUACAUGUUCUUGAGUUUAAAUUGGAUAUUUCCUAAAUAUGUUUUUGUAACUAUAUCUUGAGAGGCUACUUCUUAGCAGAAGGAUGACUUUAAAAAUGAAGUAAUUGCUAACCUGUCAGUUUCUAGCUUUGGCUGUGUGAGCAAUAUUUAUCUGAAAUGGUAGUGAGGAUAUGGCUUUAAUAACUGUUGUUUAAAAAAAUAAAAAAUAGGAGCCGUAGAGGAGCCCCCCCUUUCACUUAUGGAAGGAACUUUGAAAUGAAUAAAUAUUAGUAUCGUCUGAGUAGCCUGUUGGCACAGUUUGCCAGUGGUUCAUAUUCUGCUCUGAUUUUAAAACAGGGCAGCUAACCAGGUAUCCUCCAAAUGUUAUGGACUGCAGCUCCCAUCAGCUCCAACCAGCAUGACCAGUAGGAAUGAUGGGAGCUGACAUACAACAUCUGGAGGGUACCAUGUCAGCUACCACUGCUUUGAAAGAUCUGAUAUGGUCUUCUGCUUUAGAAGUGCAAUAAAUUAAAUCUUGUUGUUUGGCUAAUAAGUUAACAGUCAAUGUACUGCAAUCGUUGAUCUUGAAAUAGUAAGUAACCACUAGUUAUGCUUUAUUUCAUAUUUUGAAGAAGAAAGAAGAUUGGAUAUAGACGAGAAACCUUUAGUUGUACAAUUAAAUUGGAACAAAGAUGAUCGAGAAGGAAGAUUUGUACUCAAGAAUGAAAAUGAUGCACUUCCUCCAAAGGUAAAAGAAAGCAAUAUUACUGUAUAUUUUUGACACUACUGUAAAUGCAUUUGAGUUUUCAUAAAUUGCCUUUGGGCUUGCAACAACAAAUCUGGCAAUGUAUUAUGGGUACAUAUGACAGAGUUUUGGAUAAUCCUUCUCCAUUAUAGUCACAUUCUACAGCCUAUUAGUGUGUGUCAUCAGACAGUCUGCUCUGAUUUAUUGUCACUGCUGGGCAGCCAGCAGGGAUCACAACUCUGCUAGCUACUGACUUGACUGAUGAGGCUAGGCAGUUGAUUGCGAAAUGGCUCUCGGGUAUCUUCCAUAGUCAACAAAGUAACUUAAAAUAUCAUAGUAUUGCUCACAGUCAAUGAAUUUUCAACUGACACUUGCUGAGGUGGCUAGUUGGUCAGAUUACUCCAGAGGUCCUGGUUGAUGCAAGUGAUUUUACCCUUAACAUUCUGUGCAAAGAAAUUACAGUGAGCCACCAUCAGUUCUGUGUAUUGCUUUGGGCCAAGCUGUAAAAGAACCAUGCUACGUGGAAAAGCUCUGCUGGACAGCACACUGAGGCUGCAAUGGAGGCAGCUAAGUAUGUCUUCUUUGCUGCUUUCACUGCCACUCAGUAGGCUUGAUACUGAGCAUUCAGCAUUCCCUCCUCUUGCAUUGAAGCUUGUUUUAUUGCAUUAAGUUCUGGUGUACACCAAGGAGCCAAACUGGUGCUAUCAAGCAGAUAGAGUGCUCAGGGACACACAUCAACAGCCUGAGCUAUUUGCACAUUCCACACUUCAGUCGGGGCUUCAGUGGGAACACCAGUCAUAUCAGCCAGAAGAUCACCCAGGCUGCCAGGAGACCAAUUGGAUCCAUUGUCUCCAAGGACAGACUAUCCUAAUACGUCGCCUGACUCUGCAUCAUGUUUCAAAUAAGAUGAAAUAAGUUUUUAUUUGGAAAUUAAUGUGGUCAGAGUUGCAGUAGAUCAUAAUACUAAACACUGUUUGUUUCAGAAGGCUCAAAGCAAUGGCCCUGAAAAACAAGAGAAAGAAGGAGUGAUUCAGAACUUCAAACGGACUUUAUCAAAAAAAGAAAAGAAGGAAAAAAAGAGGCGGGAUAAAGAAGCAUCACGGCAAGCUUUAGAUGGUGAUGGGCUGUUUCAUGGGGAUGAUAUGUGAGUAUCAGUGCAUCAAAUAGUACAAUGUCUUAUCUGUACAUAGAUGAAUACUUUAACUUGGGGAGACAAGUCUCUUAAAAUAUAUGAAUAGUUUUUGUAUUGUACUUCCUUCAGGGUUGGUGUAUACAAGUUCUCAUUGAAUACCGUCACAUAACUUAAGGGUUAUAAAUUGCAUCCAAAGGUAGUUUACAUAAUCAGAGAGAAUGAGUUAACUGUUCUCUUCCAGAGCUAGUGUGUGAGGGAAAUGCAGAUUGGCAGGCUAAUGUGACCAUUAAUGCUUUUUUAAAAAAAUGCGGCCAAACUACAUAUUGUAUUAGACACGCACAGGUAAACAAUCAGGCUUAACCUGGUCACUUCUAUUUUGGGGAAUGCGGGCAUAGGGUCCCAAUCCAGAAUGUGUUCCUGAUCCUGGCAGUGUUUUUCACUGUAGACGCCAGUAAAAGCAAAAGCAGUCAAGAGAAAGUGAUUUUCAGUAGAAACUGGUGUGGACUCCCAAUCCAGACCAGGCCACCACACCACACCAGGAUAAGCAUGCUUGUUUCACUACAUAUGAAUGGGCCUGAAUAACAGAGUUUUCAGAUUCUCAGGAAUGUCUCUUUUCAUUUUGACAAAAUUCCUUUAUCUGGUUCUGUAAAUUGCCCAUUGAAUGUAUGCAUUUCAUCUGGUCAAAUAUGACUUCUCCCAAAUGGGGAGAUUCAGUUUAGUGUUACUUUUCUUCUGUUUAAAGCCAAUAGUUACAGCAACAAAGAGAAGAUGGUUUUAUGUAGGUUCCUUUUUCGAGGUAGUAUAUGUAUAUUUGUGUGUGUGCAUGCGCACAGGCAAAAAUGGAAUUUGGACACUAUGGUAAAUCCAUCUCAAGCUUUCUGAAGGAGGUUGGGAAUAUUAAAUCGCCUUGAUUAUAAUCAGCAGAGACUUUUUUCCUCUGUAGAUGACAGAUGCCUAAUACUGUAAGCAUGUCAUCAAUCCUCUGCUGGAUAGAAAUAGCCCUUUUGUUCAUGGAAGAUUUAAGUUUGGCUCUACCCCAACAUGUAGAUGUUUACUACAGGGUAUAGAAUAUGUAUGUUUUAUGUUUCUUGUUUUGUACCUUUUAAGUGAUGUGCACUUGUAUGCUUCAAGAGCAGGUUCAUUGUUUAGGGUUGCCCCUGGAUCCAUCUUUGUUACUGGAGGCUUGGUUAGCCUUAGUAACUAGGAGUACCUUUUACCAGCUACAGCUGGUAUACCAACUAUAGCUGUUUUGGGACAGGAAAAGCCUGACCACAGUGAUUCAUGUAUGGGUCACCUCAAGACUCAAUUAUGGCAGUGCACUCUGUAGAGUAGGAAUGACAAACUCCGGCCCUCCAGAUGUUUGGGACUACAAUUCCCACCAUCCCUAGCUAAUGGGACCAGUGGUCAGGGAUGAUGGGAAUUGUAGUCCCAAACAUCUGGAGGGCCGGAGUUUGCCUAUGCCUGCUGUAGAGCAAGUUGCAAGCCUGUUCUGGAAGCACCAGCUUGUGCAAACAAACUGUAGCUAGACUUUUGGUUCAAACUGACCAUAUGCUGCUAGGUCAAAUUCAAGGCUCUUGUUUUAAUUUACAUGUUUUAACAGAUUGGAUCUGGGAAACCUUAAGGAGUGCCUGACUCCCUAUAUCCCUGACCAGUCACUGAGGUCUCAAGGGGGUCACUGUUAGUGGUCCCCCAUGGCUUGUAUCCACAAGAAGUGUGCAUUCAGUCUUGUGGGCCCAACUCUGUGGAACUCCCUCCUAGCUGAGAUUAGAGAAACCACCCUCCCCUUUUUGUUGAACUUGCAGCUCCUAGUAAAGACCUUUUUAUUUCAGCAGUCAUUUUAAGUAUGUUAGAUUUAACUGAAUAAUAUGUAUUGUACAGUAAGGUUAUAAGGAUACAGCCUAUUUUAGACUAUGGUGUUAGGCGGUAUAAAAAGUGCUGAAAUAAAUAAGCUAUUUCAUUAUUACCUUAAAUUACUCUUGGCAGUGAGAAUUCUCGCCUUGCCGCAGAGGUCUACAAAGAUAUGCCUGAGACCAGUUUCACACGAACAAUAUCUAAUCCAGAGGUGGUAAUGAAACGACGGAGACAGCAAAAGCUAGAAAAGAGAAUGCAAGAGUUCCGGAGCUCUGAUGGCAGACCAGAUUCAGGUGGUAAUUUAGAGUAAAUCAAUAAUAUUCAUUGGAUGGGUGGAACUUACAGAAUGUGAGCUGGCUUCCAUUAGUCUUCCUGGGGACACUUCAAGGCAGGGGCUUUUGAAGUAUAAAUACGCAAAUACCUAAGUUCCUUCUUUUUGCUGUUUUAGUGGAUACUGAAAAUCAGUUCAAGUGCUUAGGUUGUGUGACUUACAUUUCAUUAUAUUUUUAAUUUAAGUUACAAAUUAUGUAUUUUUCAGGUGGUACAUUGAGGAUUUAUGCAGACAGUUUGAAACCAAAUAUACCAUACAAGACAAUCCUGCUAUCUACCACAGAUACAGCAGACUUUGCAGUUAUUGAAGCACUGGAGAAGUAUGGUCUCGAAAAGGAAAACCCCAAGGACUACUGUAUUGCUCGUGUGAGUAAAUUGAUUAAAGAAAAUAGUUCUUGAAAAAAUCCUGCUGCUUGGGUUUUUUAAAUGAUGAUGUUCUGGUGGGGAGAUUCCCCACUCAGCUUAUUUAUAAUUUAUUGUCUGUAUCAACAUAAGUUGGUUCCUCAGGCUCUUCAGAUCUUAGGGUCGGUAUGGUUGGGCUGUAAUCUUAGUUUUAGCGUCAUAUAACUUUAUUAUCCUGUCAAGUGAUUUUAUCUGUUGGGUUCUUGGCUAACUUGCUUGGCGUCUUGCCCUGAAGAAAGUAGCAGAAAUUAGUGAAAACUAACAGUGCUGAAUAGUAUUCUCCAUCUGUUUUUAAAGCAAACUAAGGUUUUGACUAAAAGGCAUAAAGUUCCAAUCAGAUGCCACCUCAGCCUCAGACAGCUGUUAUUGUUAGCACAUGCUGACAUUCAGCUGUAGUACCAUGAGCAAAAGUGGUAUAGUCCUGUUGACUGGCAUGGAUAGACAUCCCUGUGGGCUUUAUUUUGACGGUUGAUUAAAGUUGUUGUUACCUAACUCAUUGCAGUAUGGGCAAAAGCUAAAAUGGGUCGUCAAGAGGAACUCUUGUUACAAUCUCAGACAAUUCUAAGAUUGAAUCCUUGAAGUACCUUACAUACUAUGAACAUAAUUUAUCAGACUUCUGAAAACAUAGUACAAAAAUUCCUGAGUAUGGAUUUUUUCAGCACAUCAUUGGCAGAUAUCUCUUUAAAGGUUUGUGUAUGUAGCCAAUUAUUUUUCAGUGUCAGUGCCAUUUUCUCUAAAGUUUCUGGUUUUCCCAUCUAGUAGAUACCCUGAAUUGUAGUAGUACAGUUCUCUCUGUUAAAAGUUGCAAGGGCUGUUACAUUCCUAUAAGAAGCCUGAAUUUAGGCCUGUAGGCACUGGAGCUAGGGUUUUCCUUGAUAUCGAUAUUGACUAUGGCAGGAAAGAGGAAAGUUUGCUGUCUAGCAGCAUUCUGAAUUGUUGCCUUUACUAAGUGAAGGUGGAAGGAAAAUAGGGUGCCUAUCGUGUAGCAGAAAGAAGAUGCACAGGUAAAAACUAAUUUCACUGUAACCCUGAGUAACCUGCAGUGAGGUGACUGGUGUUAGGGUCUUCUGUAUUGUGGUCACUUGGGUGCUGAUUUCCUUUCUGUGCUAGUUAGUAAAAUCUUUUUAUUUAUGGUUUGAUUUAUUAUUUGGUAGUAGAAUUCAUAUACCGUAUAUCUAGCCAAAUCUUAGAUUUGUGGAAGCAUAUUAUUGUAUUUGUGUACAUCUUUUUCUGGCAUAUUGAAGCAGAAGUCAUAAUAUAAAGUUAUUUGUGUCAUUCCUAAAUUGUCAGCCAUGGUCUCCCCCACACCUUCUUGAUCAUGAUACACAACUUGGCAGAUAUUUCAGAGUUUAGUCUUGUUUAAAUGUAAACAUGAAACCAUGGUUUUCUGUUCUGUGAAUGUCUCACAGCAAGCCUGGGCAUUCAGUCCUUCUUUCUUGUGAUAGGGAGGAAGGCAUUGAGAGCUUUUGCGUUUGAAUAAGUGACCCUUCCCCAUUACAUCUGAAUUUGGCAAACUAUGAUUAGUUAACAUCAGAUUAUGGUUUCAUAAUCCUGGUUUGUUAUCUAGUCACAUUUAUAACAGAUUGCAGUUGAUCAAAUUAAGAUGCAAUGGGGAAUGGUGAUUGGUUAAAAAAUGAAAACUUUCCAUCUUCUGUUGUACAAAGGAUCAUGGGAGCCCAAGGUUUCUGCAGUCUUGUUCCCACAACAGAAAAACCAUGAUUUCUCAUUAUGGCUGAACAGGGCCACUGUGAUACUAUAUUACCAGCCGUGAUGCAGGCAUAAAAUUUCACAACCUACUUUGUAAUAUCAGAGUCAUAAAACUUGAAAGCAUGCAUUCUUACUACCUUUUGGUUGAGCAGUGGGCACAGGUAAUAUAAUAAUAAUUUUUUAUUUGUAUUCCCCCCUCCCAAAUAAUAUGGCAUGGUAUACUUUGUACCAACAGAAUUAUGUACUGCUUACAUUUGGAGAAAGGAAAGGAGAGGGUGGUUUGGCCUUUGAGUGUUUAUCCUUGGGUAACUGCUCUGUUCAAACUCAUAGUUUAUCUUUUCUGUAGGUCAUGCUUCCUCCUGGUGCUCAACAUUCUGAUGAUAAAGGUGCUAAAGAAUCUAUUCUUGAUGAUGAUGAGUGCCCACUUCAGAUAUUCAGGGAAUGGCCAAGUGACAAAGGUAAUUUUAGUUGUUCAUAAUAUGUAAUAAAACCCAAUGGUCACAUACUGGCAAGGCACUGUGAGCAAGCCAGGAGGAGGAGUGGGUUAUUAGCCUUAAACCUAAAACUUGUGCACUUUGUUUCUCCCCUUGGACAUGGAUGAGUCCCUGUUGUCUGAUCCUGUUAUGGUUUGCCUCAGUGUCUGAAUGAUCAGGCUAUUGUUUGUAUGAUCUUGUUAAUCAGGAUUUGAAACAAUUGUUUGUUGACAGGCAGUCAUCAUGCAUGAGGGGAGAAAGGAGUCAUGAGCCCAAGGCUCCUCCAGGUAUAUUCAUGAAGCACCAAACAAUGGCUGAUGGAAAGUCAUACAUUGCAGAAGUUAAUCGCUUCCACUUUGCUCCUUUCUGCUCACCUGGGAGGAAACAAACCAUGAUCUCUGGCUUAGCAUUACAUUUGAACCAGGAGUUCAUGGUUUGUUUUGCUCCAACAAUCCAUUCUUUGUACCCAAGGCUUUGUAUCCAGUAGUGUUGCUCAGUGAAUGGUGAGGCUUCAGUCAGCAGGAUGCAAAGGAAAGCAGGUUUUUUUUUCUGUGAUCCUCUCUCCUGCCCCUGGGCUGCAAAGACUUGUUAUUGGCUUACUGAUUGUGGUUUGUUUAGAAUGAAAAAGGCUAUCCAUUUGAAUAUAAAAUAUGAUCUAAUGUACUCUAGAGCACUGGAUUCUAGAGAACAUUAAUAAAUUAUGUUGAAUAGAAAAUAUUAUAGUUCUUUAAUCCUUAUAUUUAAUCCUAAUUUUCAAUUUGAUAAUUACUGUUUAGGAGAGCACAGUCAAAUCAGUAUAGUUAAUAAUGUACAAUUUAAUAUGAAUUUAAUUUAUCUAUACCUUGAAGACAGGACAGACCUCAGAUGUUUUGUUUGUGGUUUUAUGUUUAGGGAUACUGGUCUUUCAGUUGAAAAGGCGACCACCUGAUUAUGUUCCAAAGAAGUUGAAGAAACAAUUUGAUGGAAAGCCAUUAAAGGGGAAGGAAAGAGUUGACGGGUCUGGUUAUGGCUCUUCCCUUCAUCCAGAGAAGCUACCUUAUCUGGUUGAACUAAGUCCCGGUAAGAAUUUAUUUUACAAUAAUGUUCAUCCAUUUUUUGAAUCACUUGCUUUCAGGUCAACCCUGAUGGACUCUAAUACUUUAGAGUUCACUAUCCUCCAUUUAUUGUGCUUUAUAGAAUAGAAUUGGUAGGGAUGGGUUAUUUUGAUUGCAGUUUCCAACCGAAGUUUUAAGAUUUCGUGAUCUUUAGUCAAGGGUAAUUUUGGCUAAGUUGGAUAAAGCAACUUCAUCAGAUAGUUUUUGAAGCAAGAAGAGGCUUUGUUUGAUAUAGUCAUCCAUGAAAUCACUGAGGUAACAAAAAAACACAUAAUAGUAAAGAAAAUAACAGACUUACAUUUCAAUAUUCCAUUAGAAUAAAACUUCAUAGAUUUUCAUUUUUGAAGUGUUUUGUUUCAAAUUGUAUACAUAGGUACCACAUUAAAGAUAAAUGUAUAUGAAGAUAGAUUUGCACCACGGAGAAAAGGUUUGCACAAGGAUUCACAGGGUGCUGUAAUAAGUAGCUUCUGUGUUGGAUCUCAGGCUUCUGCUUCCGUAACAACAUCUUUUGACUUUUGUUUCACAUUUCUUACACAACACUUUAGAGUGAGGUAUAAUAUUUCUGGGAGGGGUUGAGAUUUUGACUCUCAUGUUUUUAUUGCCUUCUUAAUAUGUUAUUGAUGCUGUGCUUUUAUUAAUGUGGUAUUUUAUUAUAUAGCAUUUGUAUUUUUAUGAGUUUUUAUGAUGUAUUUGCCCUGAGACCAGAUGAUAAAGGGCAGGGCGAAAAUAAGAUGAAUAAGUUAAACAGAAUAGUCCUUCCCAGAGUGGAGUGCACCUUUUACAUAAAUUUGGCCAUAUUUGUAUCUAAGCUGUUGUUUUUAGUAAUGGGAGCAUAGGAAGCUGCCUUAUACAGUGGUACCUCGGUUUAAGAACAGUCUUGUUUACAAACGAUUCGGUUUACUAACUCUGCAAAACCAAAAGUAGUGUUCCAGUUUGAGAACUUUACCUCGGUCUAAGAACGGAAUCCGAACGGUGGAAGGGCACCGGCAGCGGGAGGCCUCAUUAGGGAAAGCGUGUCUUGGUUUAAGAAUGGUUUCGGUUUAAAACGGACUACCGGAAUGGACUAAGUUUGUAAACCAAGGUACCACUGUACUUAGUCAGUCCAAUGGUCAAUAUAGCUCAGGAAUGUCUCCACUGACUGGCAACAGCUCUGCAAGGUUUCGGAUCAGGAAUUUCCCCCCAGUCCUACCUGGAAAUGCCAGGAAUUGAACCUGGGACCCUCUGCAUGCAAAGCAGGUGCUCAACCACUGAUGCUACAGUGCUUCCUAUAUAUUACAGCCCUUUCUAUAAGCUACUGUCCUUAUUUCUGUAUAAGCUACUGUCCUUAUUUCUGUAUCUUAUUUCUACCAGCUGCUCAUACUGUUCUCACAGAGGCUAAUAUCAGUCUGUGAAAGCAAAUCUUCUCUAACCAGUAUUUGGAAAAAAUAGCUUUUAACAGCAUUUAUAGGCAAAUGCUUCAUAUUAAGGAAUGCUGCAAGUUUCCCCCAGGUUUUUUAGGAAUAUGAACAGCCAAAGCCAGCUCCUCCACCCUUGCAUUCUCACCUUUGCACCCCCACAAGUCCAAAAGCCACAAGAAGCAUGGGGUUCCUUAUGAUCAAGGUAUAAUCUUAUAUGACCUGGCUAAUAUAGACUUGGCAACAGAUAAGUGCAGAGCGCAGAAGAGUAUAUGACUUACAAAGCUGAUACUAUUUGAUUUAAGGAUUUUCAGAUUUAAAAUUGGGGGCACAAAUCCACUCUUACAUUUGCAAAGGUUUACUUUUACAAUGUGUAAGAUAACUAUUUGUCCUCAGAGGAGCUCACCCCUUAUUUUAGUAAUAAUUGUAAUAGUAAUAAUUGCUGAUUAGAACAAGCCUUAUCAGAAGGAGGGAAUUCAGUGAUUCAUUCACAGUGUUAAUGGGCAGCUACUUCUAAAGGCAGAUAGUUCUGUGCAUCAGGAGUGAUUGAUCCAGUUGCACCAAAUGCAGAGAUGUGGCAGAAUGACUUGCUGUGGUGGAGGUAAAGCCAAAACAAUGAAUCCUGCAGGCAUAGUGUUGACAGACUUUACUGUGGGUGAGUAGUUUAGGCUCAUGUAAUUUAAUUAAUUCCUGUAAUUUAAUUAAUUCCUGGUGACACAACACAGUAGUUCUCUUGUGCUGCACUAGUGUACAGCUUACGGCUUAUUGUUGCCUGAGAGCCAGUGUUGCAUCAUGAAUAGUGUUGUUGUUAGACCUGGGUUCACAUCCUUGUUCAAGCCUAAGUCUCAUUGGGUAAACCUUAAAAAAGGUAAAGGGACCCCUGACCAUUAAGUCCAGUCGCGGACGUCUCUGGGGUUGCGGCGCUCAUCUUGCUUUACUGGCCGAGGGAGCCGACGUUUGUCCAGAGACAGCUUCCGGGUCAUGUGGCCAAUAUGACUAAGCUGCUUCUGCCGAACCAGAGCAGCGCACAGAUACGCCGUUUACCUUCCUGUCGGAGCGGUACCUAUUUAUCUACUUGCACUGUGUGCUAGGUUAGCAGGAGCUGGGACCGAACAAUGGGAGCUCACCUCGUCGCAGGGAUUCGAACUGCCGACCUUCUGAUCAGCAAGCCCUAAGCUCAGUGGUUUAGACCACAGUGCCACCCGCGUCCCUUCCGUAAACCUUAGGCCAUCACUAAUUCUUAGGCUUCCCUAUGUCACAUGAUGCAUGUUAAGUUAAAAUGGUGCUAUGUAUGCUGUCCCUAGCUUGUUAACUGAGAUUUCACUAAAAUUAUAUUUCUAAAUCAAGACUUUAUUCUAAUAACUUUCCUUGAAUAUGCUGACAAUACAGAGCACAUAAACUGUUUAGUAUAUCAGUUUUUACUGUAUGCUAGAUUUCUGUUCUUUUAAAAUAACACAAAAUUUGGUUUAGCAGGGAAGCACAAAAAGAAAGCUUUUUUAAAAAAUGAAAUGCCAAGUUGUGUUCUGAAACUGUAGCUGCUUGGUUGCUAAUUGCUGUCACAAUGGAAAUGCAUCGUGUCAGUGCUAUGUAAACAACUGAACUGGUUCCUGGUUUGUUUCCUGGGGCCUGUUUCUAAACCCCUAAAUAUAUUGGGGCCUGGAUACUUAAAGGAUUACCUUCUCCGAUUGUAGCCUGGUCUAUACUCUUGAGAUCAUCUUCUGAUGCUCCUUGGGAGGGGAGGGGAGGUGGGUGGGUGAGUGCUAUUCACUGGUGUCACCCUGCAUGUGGAAUGCUCUCCCUAGGGAGACUUGGCUUGGUUCCUAUUCUGAUAAUUUGUCAGCACUAGGCAAAAAUUUUUAUUUCCUUUUCAAUUCUCAGUCUUAUCUGUACUGUUUUGUGCUGCUUUUACCUGCUGCUUUUUGCUGUUUUAUCAUGAGAUUUAUUUGUAAGCCAAUCUGAAAAUAUUAUAAUUAAGGGUGGCAUAUAAAUAAGCAUGCCACUAUAUAUAAACCGCAGGUGGAAAAUAUAUUCUGGGUUUACAGUGUGGAAAACAAAGCACACAGAAAUGUCUGCAGUGAUGGGUCAAUGGUUUUCCAGUGUAGUAAUUGUGAUAGUAGACUUUUGGAGUCUCACCACCUAUCAGCCAUGUAUGCAAAUGUUCUGUUGUAGAACUAGAUUCAGGUUAUGCUGAAGGAUGUAAUCAGAAAAUAUUGAAACCAGCCUGUGUCAUUGUAAACACAUAUGGUUUGGAGUUCUGGAUUGUAGCUCGAAUUUUAUGAUAAUAUGAAAUGUGAUCUUUAUACUUGGAGUUAUUUGUUAUGUGGCUUUUGUGUCACAAGCAGUGGCGUAGCGUGGGUUGUCAGCACCCGGGGCAAGGCAAGUAAUUUGCGCCCCCUAACCCGUGGAUUUUAGUAGGGGCAGAGAGCUGUGAGCGCACCCCCCCCCCAGGUGUUGCGCCCGGUGCGGCCGGUCCCCCCUGCACCCCCCACGCUACGCCACUGGUCACAAGUAGAAUAUGGUAAAUACAACAAAAGUAGUACCACUGUUCUAAUCCUUUAAGAGUAUGUGUCACGUGUAUUCUGAUUUUUAUAUAGUUUGCCUCCGCUUGAGAACCAUAGGGAGCAGUUCUUUAGCCUUUGAAAACAUGUUUUGCUCCAGCCUCCUGUCCGUGAAUCUUACUAUGCAUAUAGAUUUCUUCCUAAAAGAGGAUAUUUUUUUCUUGUGGUUCUUUCACUAUUAUUCACUUUCAUUUGUCUGAAAUUAAGGUAUGGGAGAGGAGGGUUGAGGCAGUCACAGUGUUUCCAACAAGAACUCUUCUUACCAGAAGGAAUAUGCAGUUUUGAAUGUGCAAGAUACUGAGGGCUGCUGCUUCAUUUGCACUGUCUUUCAUAUGGGGAUAAUACGUGUGGAGGUUUUGUACAGCAACCAGUUAUAAUGUGGGGUGCCCAGUUCAUAUACUGGCAACAAAAUAAAACUUAACCUCCAGCAUAUGUGAUAGUGCACAUGAUUGUAUUUGCACACAGAUUGUCUGGAUGUAGGGAAAAUAUCUCACAUGACAACAUAUUGGGAGACUGCUACUCUGCCAUUUAAUUCCAGCUUUACUUAAUAUUUGAAAGCAGAGUUGUGAGUGGACGUACCUUGGCAUCAUAUUCUGUGCGUUUGUAAUGGGUAUGAUGGUACCCCAGUACAUCCACCCAUAGACAGUGAAUGAAUGGAAGACACAAUAUUUCUAAAUUAAAAUGGAAGUCUUAUAUGAAUUAAGGUUUUAGUUUGUGUACAGCUAAUGAUGGCCUUUCCACUUUGCUUGGUGAUUUUUCUGUGCUUUCUUCUAGCAGCUUGCUGCCAACUACUUAACAAUCGUAUUAAUCAAUCCACAACACCAAUGUCUCUAUAUUCUGUGCAGUAUUUAAAGUUGAAAGCGUUAAAAGCACUUCAUCCUUUUAAAUUGAGUAAGUGUUGUUGGCUUACAGUUUCACUCUUUCCUAUCUUUUCUUUUCUCUGCUCUCCUCCGCAUGUUCUGCAUGGUAUCUGUUCUGCUGAUGCUGCCUUCACCUGGGUCCUGUGCAUGUGUUUUCUAAUCCCAGGGAGAAGGAAUCACUUUGCCUACUUCAACUAUCACACUUAUGAAGGUAAUGCUGUUAUUUAAUACUGUUCUUUCUCACUAGUCACUAAAAUCUGUGCUAGCAAAAAAGGCUUUUGUUAGUUUUGAAAACGGAUCUUGCAUUUUUCUUCCUUAAUGAACAGAAGCUCAGAUCUAACCCUAUUUCUAGUCUAUAGCUUCAGGUGUGGAGGAAAGGAAUAAUUCAAAAUUAAACUUUUUAAAAAUCCCUAGUAUGCUCUAACAAUAUCAUCGGGAGGCCACAUACAUCAAUAUUGGUACUUUUGUAAAAUUUGGGUACUCAUAUAUCUAGCAGGGUCUUGUGGUGAGGGUUUGGGAUUACACAUCUAAGUUCAGUUUCUACAUGCACAUGUACCAUCCACUGAGAUAACUGACAGUUUAUAAUCUGGGACUGGAUAGCAUGGGCUGGAUUCAGCUUCCAGGAAGCUGCCUUCUCCCAAAUAAGUGGAUGAGCCUUGUUAAAAAUUCUCUGAUCAAGGUUAUACACAUGUAGCAGCCCAUUACUGCAUAUUCAUGCAGUUGGCUUGUGGCCAAUAACUUGAACAAUAUGCUUUACAUUUCUAAUUGCAAUUAGAAACCUCUUUCACAAAUCAGAAGAUGACAUUGUUUUUCUUUGACUACCUAGAGUUUUAGUUUGAGCAAGCGGCAGUGUAUGUGUGUCUGUAGAGAAUGAACACGAUUUCUUUUGUAACGGUUGUUAAUGAAAAAUGUUUAUGAAUCCUUUGUUUCUCAGUUAUGUUGGUAGCUAAUCUGUUUUUGUUUUUUGCAAAAGAGAAACAAUGGUAAUAUACUUAGUUAAACAUGGUAUUUGAAAUAUAGUAGUGUUGCUGCUGCUUCUUCUGAAAUAUCACCCAUUUCUGUAAGUUGGCUGCCAGCUGCAGUGUUUUCAUAAACUUGUUCUGUGGGCGGGGAGAGAAUGUAUUUGUGUACCAGCAGAAAAUGUAAACUCUUAGGCUUAAUCUCAGUUAAAGCAGCAGACUGUUUUCUUGCUGCUACUAAGGUAUUCAAUCCAUUAUGAAGAAUAUUUAAUGCCUGUUCUGUCAAUUCUUGCUUUUUUAAACCACUUUUAAAAUAAUGCAUGAAGCCUUUUUGGUGGUACAGGAAAAGCCCUAAAGCUCUUGAGUUCUCUUAAGUAGGUCACAUAAUUUUAUAUACAUCUUUAUAAUGUGGAAUUGUCAAGAGUUGUCUGUAGUUUCCAAGAUGUCAUUGCAUUGGCAGUUCUAUUAAGCUUUAAUUCAUGAGUGGGCAAUUUACGCCCCCCCCCCCCAUAUCGUUGGGCUCCCAGCUCACAUUGGCUCUAACCAGCAUGUCACAAGUUUCCCCGGCCCUUAUUUAGGUCAUCUGUUCAUAAGUAAAAAUAAGAAAGCUCCUGAUAAUUCUCAGUUAUUGCUGAGCUAGUAAAGAGCUUGCAGUAGAUAAUUCCUCUUCAGGUCAGUUGUCAGGGCUAUAACAGUUGUUACUUCUGGAGAGAAGGCUCAUUUCUGGCUCAGCUUUUGUCCAGGAAGCAGGGCUGCUGCUAUUCCUUAGCCUCUGUCUGGGAGCACAGCCUACUUUUCAAAUUUUAUUUAUUAACAACAUUUGUAGCCAUAAUAUAAAGCCCUCAGGGAGGCUUACAAUAAAUAAGUAAUAAAAAAUUAAAUGAAAAAUAAAAGGAACCUGAAUAUAAGGAAAAAGAAACUUGUCAGAACCCCAAAGUUAGAAAUGCAGAUUUAAAAACUGAGAGGGCCAGUGUAUAUAAAGGCCUAGGUGAACAGAGGUCUUCACCUGGUGUCAAAAAACCAUAAGGAUGGCACCAAGUGGAUGUUCCUGGGAAGGCUGUUGGAUAGAGAAUGAGAGAGACAAAGAGGAACCACGAUGGUAAGUGACUCUAGAUCUUGUAACGCUCAUCUUGUUGAGGAUAGGUAUGGGCUUCCCACGGCUAGCCCUGCAGGACUGCUGGAGAUAAUAAUUGGGUGCAGACAAACACAUGGUCAUGGUGAAGGAAAUGCUCUGUUUCAAUUUCAUUGCGUUAAUAAAGUAGAUUGUUGUGCUUAUUGAAAAUGCAAGGCCUGCAGAAGAGGGAGCUUUUAUCUACUUCUAAUGCUAUCAUCUAGCCUUUUUAAAAGUAGAAUGGCCAGAGGUAAUGUGCUAGUGUAUGGGAGGUAUGCCUCUCCCAUGUCCCUCUCUAGUUUCCACUUUACUGGUUGUGCUGGGGGAAGGGGUGUAUGCUUGUAUGUCCAGGUUGCUGAGGAGAGGUACAUCUGCUGUGUGAACAGGUCAGCCUGUGUUGCCAUCAGUUCUAGGGCUGGUGUCAGGUAUCUGCAUGGUUGGACAUUGCUUAAGGUCCACAUCCCAGCAGAAAGCCCACUGGCAAGAGUCCCCUGGACCUGCUCCUUCUCUUCCCCACUGCACCCUGUUUAUUCAGCUGCUGCUUGCUUUUCCGCACAGUGCAGACUGAGGUUUUCUCUAUUAAGACAGUUAUUGUUAACUUUUACCUUUCUCCAUGGUCUUAGUGGUGCUGUAGAACCUCAUGGUCUAUAGAGGUUCUACUGGGUUCACAGAUCUUUGGAAGGGCCUUAACAAACUAGCUAGAGUGGCAGAUUCAUCUGUGGAUCUGCUACAUGAAUUUGUCUAUUCCGCUUUUAAAGCCAUCCAUGUUGGUGACAAUCACUACCUCCUGGAGGAACAAGUAUCAUAGUUUGACUAUCCGCUGCAUAAAGAAAUGCUUUUUAAUCUGUCCUAAGUCUUCCAACAUUCAGCUUGUUUAGAUGUUAGAAUCAUAGAAUUGUCAAGUUGGAAGGGACCCUGAGGGUCAUCUAGUCCAACCCCCUGCAAUGCAGAAACAUGCAGCUGUCCCAUACGGGGAGUGAACCUGCCGCCUUCGCAUUACCAGCACCAUGCUGUACCCAACUGAGCUAUCCAUGAGUUCUAGUAUUACGAGAGGAGAAAGACCUUUCUCCAUCCACUUUCUCAGUGCCAUGCAUUCUUUUUGUUUCCUCCCCCAUCUGUGAUUCUUUUACCCCACUCCCUCCCUUCCAGACUUGCUAUUCCAUGCUUCCAUAUAUUUUCUCUCUAUGCUGGCAGUCAGGUUCACCAUAUUGCAGUGAAAUGAGGUCGUGGUUGUUUUGCCGGGGGGGGAGGGGCAGGACACUCUGAAAUUUCACUUGAAACAAUUGCACUGAUUUAAAUUGAUGGAGAACCAAUUUAGCAUGAUUAAUUUAGUACAAACAACUUUAAUAAUUAAAAAGCCAUGUUAAUAUUUUGUGUCACUUACAUAUCUGAAUAGUUUUCCUAAUAGCUAAGAGUAGUUUAGCUGUUAAGUUUAAACAAAUGCAAAGCUUUGGUUGAAUGUUAUUUGUACCUGAAUAUAAGUAAAUAAUUUAAGGCCUCUCAGUUCAUUAGCAUACUCUUCCCUUAUGUUAUUUACCUUUUUAAGGGAAAAAAUGGAGGUCCAGAAAGCUGUUAACGUACUAAACUUAUCCUACCUGAAGAGUUGUGUGCACGAAUAUAUGUACUUCUUAUAAAAAGACAUUUUUUUAAAAAAUAAAAGUUAAUUGCAACCUUUUUUGUAUUUGAGUAGCACUGUGUCAAUCCCAGUUGGGCAAUUUGACUUAUGUUGUAAUCAUUCAUUAUGCUUCUAAUUAAUUUUAUGCAGCAGUGCAUUUCUAAAAUUGGAGCAUUACUGUGGCGAAAUAUAGCACUUCGCUGUUUAGAAGCUCUUUUCCAAAGAGUGUUGUGUAGCAACACAUCAUAGGAAUGGCUUUGUUUUUCUUUACAGCAUAAUCUGGGGUAACCAACAUGGUGCCUGCCAGAUAUUGUUGGACUACAGUUCUUAUCAACCCAAGUCAGCAUGACCAGUGGUCAGGUGGAGGACACAAUGUUAGCUACCCCUUUUGUAAUCUUAUGCCUGUUUGUUCUGGAGCAUGUCCUACUAUUUUCUAUAGGAGUAAAUGUUUGUUUGUUUAUUUUUUGUAAUAAAUUUAUACUCCGCCUUUCACAAAAAUUUCCUCACAAGGUGGGAAGUGUAUAUAGACUGAGCAACAUACAACUGCAACAUAUAAGCACAUAAUUUAAAACAUUUAAGUUAAAAGCAACAAAUAACAUCACAAUAGCCAGCACAUUGAAGCAGCAAUCAGCCCAGUAAGACCCUGCAAUGCAGUAUACAAUGGUUCCUUGGUACUCAAAUGGCUUGGCUCCCGAACAAAUCAGCUCCUGAAAGCUGCAAACCCAGAAGUAAGUGCUCCGGUUUGCAAACAUUUUUCGGAAGCCAAAUGUCCAACGCAGCUUCCGUGGCUUCCGAUUGAGUGCAAGAAGCUCCUGCAGCUGAUCGGAAGCUGCGCCUUGGUUUUUGAACGGUUUUGGGAGUCGAACGGACUCCUGGAACGGAUUAAGUUCGAGAACCCAAGGCACCACUGUAAUAAGAAUAAAUGACCCUCUCUGCAACAGCGCCCUGUCUCUGGAAUGCCCUCCCCUUAGAGGUAUGUCCAACACCAGCACUGCUUGCUUUUUGUCACUUGGUGAAGACAUAGCUUUGUGCCCAGGCCUUUGUUGAGGGGUGAGAACUGUAAUGAGCCACGCAAUAUGCAGCUCAUUGUCACCUGCUGCUGGUUGAUUUUCUGUAUUAUAAGGGUGUUUUAUGAUGAAUGACUUAUUCGUAUUUUUGGUUAUUUUUCUGACGUCUUCGAUGUUGUGUUGGGAACCAUCUGUAACAUUGUAGCAUUUGGUGCUGGGGCUGCAGUGGGAAGAUGGGAUGUGAAAUGUGCAAAACAACAACAACCCUCCCUUUCUCCACUGUAAUGAUUAAAUACACAGCUGGAAGAAUGAUUCACACACCCGGCCGUCACCUAACUAGGAACUGCCUAUUGAGGGAUGAUGAGGACCAUGGCAUGAACAAACCCUUCUCCCCACUUAGUGUAAAUUGUCCUUCCCCCUCAUUUGCCCCAGGAAAGUUAGCAUGAGCACAAAUAGCAGUUAUGGGAUGACUUUCAUGGGUGAGGAAAAGUAUGGAGAAAGGAGAGAUAAGCCUCCCUUUUUUCCUGUCCUCUGUCUCCAACCAGAUCAGGUUGUCAUUCACUGCUGUUUUUAAACAACAUUUUCUUAUUACAUUCUCUCCUUUUAAAAAAUCUCCUGCCACCAGCUGUCUCUGUUCCAGCUCCUCAGUUUGUUGUCUUUUGGUUUGCUCUUCCUUCAAACAAUUGCAUAGCACACCACAAGCUGACAGUAGAUAAAAGCUUAUUAUAGCCCAGCUAAAUGAUUUAAAAAUAAUUUUCCCCAUCUCUCAUUUUCCUUCCUGUUUCUGUCAUCCCUUCACCACCAAGAGCUUGUGCAAUAGCUUUUGAAAGCCUGCCACAUGACCUCUGGUCUGAACAUUAUAGGUAGCAUUCAACUAAGUUUUACUCAGAGUAGACCUGUUGAAAUUACCGGACAAACUCAUGGACAUUGAUUUCAAUGGGUCAAUUCUGUUCAAAACUUAGUUUAAUAGCACCCUUAUACAGUAAGGGAGCAGGGUAUGUCCGGCAUGGGCUACAUGAUAGCACAGUUAUAUUUGAAACCUUUUAAAAAACGGAAUUGCCUCCAUUGGUUCCCGCCCCUCAUUUUUUUUGUACUAGUGCAUACCUUGGGAUUGAUCCAAGCCUGCUGUUAUUUCCCUCUUAUUGCUCAGUGAGCCUAUUUUGGCUAUAAUGAUGUUGGUGCACUGGGACUGAGUAAUUCAGCAUUAGAAGGAACAAUGGUCCUUAGUUUUGCUGUUGCUCUUACAAGUAGAAAUCACACACACACACACACACACACACACACACACUGCCCUUCCUCCAAGUACCUAAAGUGUGUACAUAAAAUGAUAUUGAACUACCUUUUAUAUAAUGAGGUUAAACGUGUUUGUUUCUCUUAAGGGAAAUUCAGCAUUUAUAUUAAAAGUUCUUCUUUUAAUGUAGGUUUUAUCUGGGCAGAUCUUUGUGAUCUCUCCACUGUGACUGCUUAAUUAGUACAUAUUGUUGCUUAUGCUUAUGUAUUGAAUGCAGUAAGAGUGAGAACUCUGCUUAAUAACUGAAACAAAGUCUCAUGUUGAAGCAGCUACUUGUGUAAGUGCUUCAGCAAGAAUAGAUAAACAUAAGAGCAUCUUAAUAUUACUUCGCUAAACUGGAAUUAAUCAGGAUUGUUUUAAUGAAUACUGCUUUACUAUAUGGUUGGUGUGAAUGUUCAGUGGAAUCCAGUGAGUGCUCAGUUGGGGAAAAGGAAUUCAACAUGUAUGGAAAAAUGCUACAUCAGGGGUGGGGAACCUCUGGCCCACAGUAGCAUUUGGAAUGCCAUGCUGUUUUCACCCAACCAUCUGCUGGGAUCACUGGUGGUGUCAGGCAGUGGGUGGAAGGACAGGAUUUAAUCUUAUAUUGGCUGCACAGCAUAGAGAGAAGUAAAGUAUUUCUGCACUGCAUAUUUAUCCCUUUUUCAAGGGCUUUCAGAUACUGUCCCCCACCAGUUUGAGCUUCAAAUGGGCAUAGAGGGUGUUAAAAGCAGUGCCUUUUGCAAACAAUGGCUACUUGCGCACAGGCAAUGCUUUCAAAAGACAGCUUUCUUUUGAAAUCAUUGCCUGCACAUGGGAUUUCUAACUUUCACAAAGGGCUCUCUCUCUCUCUUUCUCUCUCUCUCUCUCUCUCUCUCUCUCUCACACACACACACACAUGCAUGAACACACACACACACACACACACACACACACACACACACACAUACACACAGCUGUUUGAGCUCUGUCAAACAAGAGCAUAGGGGCUGUUAGAAAGCUGCUUACAAACAGCAGCAGGGCUUUCAAAUCUUGCUGCGCUAGCUUUGAAGUCCCAACAAGCCUGAUUUCAAAGCCCAAUGUCAAUUGAUUGCCCACCUGUCAAAUUUGGCCUGCCAGGGGGAUAAGGAGGUAAGGAUCUGGCCUGUUGUGUUGCUAGAAGCACCCCUCUGCUACAUUUCUUUUCACCUGUACCAAUAGCCUCAAAAUACUUCUGACAGUCUCUCAGGAUAAUUGAUCCAUGAAUUACACUUUUAGAUAUGUGUACAAUUCUCCCCAGCAGCCAAGUUCGGAUGUAUGGUGCACAUCACCACUACUUAUAUGCAGUUAGUGUGUAAACUGAGAAACCAUGAACAGUAAUAUAUUAAAAUGUGAACAACAUUUAAAAAAAAAAAGAAAAUCCACUAAAUGGAAUAUUUUAUUUGUUUAUUUAUGAUAUUUCUAACUUGCCCUUUAUCCAUAGAUCCUAAGGAAGGGAAAUAUGCACAUCAGCAGCUACUGAAAGAUAAAAUCAGGGAUAAUUUAGUGCACAAACCCAAUGUUUCUUUUUUGGGGCAGUGGGAGGCAGCACUUCUUAAAACAUUUUGUUUGUACUCUUUAAAAUGUAUGUAUGUAUUUACAUUCUGUACUGCCCUUCAUUCAAAGAUCACAAGGCAGUUUACAAUAUAUACAAUAUAUUGUAUAUACAAAUUGGAAAUUGUGGUAAGGAAAACAAUUGGAUUCUAUCAUACCAACUUAUACUCAGGCACGUUGAACCCAACUGAAGUCCAUUGAUUUAAAUGGUAUACUCCAAGCAUCACUUAAUUUGAGACAACCAGGUAAUGAUAUCUAGUUCAGAGUAGACCAGUUGAAAUAAAGGGAUUUAACUUAACUUGAUUGAUUUCGUUGUGUCUACUUUAAGUGUGACUUAGUUGGAUGUCAUUCAGUAUAUUUAAUGUUUCUUCCUGUAUUAUCUCAAAUUUCCCAGUGCUAGUAUGUCUUUAUAUGUUUAUAGUGUUAGUUAUUUGAAGACCUCCUGGAUUUAUGUAUAAUAACAUAAACAUAAUUACUGAAAUAAAUACUGUUUUAAAGCUUAAUUGAAAUAUGCUUUGGAAUUCUAGCAAUGGUGUUUUGUUAUGCAAUGUCCUUGUGUAUAUUCAUUUUUUAAAAAAAUUACAUGCUUUAAUUACUUUUGCAAACAAAAUAACUUGUUCUUACUUGCAGAUGGCUCUGACUCAAGAGAUAAACCAAAGCUCUAUCGUCUGCAGUUAAGUGUGACAGAAGUUGGUACAGAAAAAUUUGAUGACAACUCCAUACAGGUAGGAAACGUUUAUUGAGUCAAGAAAGAGAGUUUGGUUUAUACAAGCUGCAGUCUCCCAUUUUUGGAUCAGACAAAAAAAUUGGUUUAUUAUUAAGAGCAACUUUAGAUCCCCCCUCCCCCAGGGGGGAAGGAGAGUGCACAAUCCUAAAGCCAUUGGAACCAUGAUCAUAGCCAAGGGGAGCAGGGAGGGGCAGCUGCCCCCCAUCAAUAAACAUCAAUAAAAAUACAUAGCAAACUCAGGUUCUGGGGGCCCCCCAAACAAAAUAUCUGUCCCCCCUAAUAAAAAUCCUGGCUACCCCCAUGAAUUUGCAACAUGUUAUCAUUGCAACAACCCAUCAUUUGUUUUGACAUUGAAUUGUGCUGAAACCUUUGUGUGACCAUGGGAAGAGGAAUGAUAUACUUUCCAGACUUUCAGAACCUAGACAGUUAGUUGAUCUGGGUGGUUGAUUGUAUCCAGUUGCUUGUAUUCAUUGUUAGUCCCACUCAAGUACAUACAGGCAAUGACCAAUUUAUGUGUGACGACCUGGAAGUAGCCGGAAAAGGAGGUGGGCCAGGGGCAGAACUGGGUGGAGAGGGCUUAUGCUCAUUCUUCCAAAGCGUGGGUGUCAGGAACGUAACCGCCAUACAAUUGGUCAUUGCCUGUGCUCCCAUUUAAAUUAAUGGACAUAACUACCUUAGAUUAAUUAAUUUCAGUCGGAUAUGUUCUGAGCAGAAGUUACUUUUGAUACAGCCCAAUAUUUUUUUAAUGCUACUGGUCAACCUUUUCUAUCAUAAUCACUUAGCUUCAUGUUCAGUUGUGUACUGAAAAAUAUUAAUAAAGUGGGAGCCAGAAAAAUAUAAUAAAAAAGGCUUCAGUUUUAAAAGUUGUAAACGUAUGUGUGUGGACUAGCACGGAUACUAGUUGGUAUUGUAUUUUUCUACAAGAUAACAUAGUUAUUCUUCAAUUAAUGUCGCUAUUACCCAAUCAUCAUACUCAUCGCCUUACAUGCAUUCACAGAUGGCAGCUUUUGGUGGUUUCUGAAAGAUACUUGAUCCCAUCACUCAUGGUACAUUUUGAGGAAAUUGAUGCUGAACUAAUGCAAUUAAUAUUGAAAAAAAGUACUUUGCUUAUUUAAACCAAAACAUCUAUGUACAUAUUAGCAUAGGUUUUAUUUUUAUUUUUUUAAAAAACCUGGUAUCAGUUUUGCUACUUCUAAAUUUUGGUUAUUUAUUUUCAGUUGUUUGGUCCAGGAAUUCAGCCUCAUCAUUGUGACCUCACUAAUAUGGAUGGAGUUGUUACAGUUACCCCAAGAAGCAUUGAUGCCGAGACUUAUGUAGAAGGUCAGCGGAUCUCAGAGACCACUAUGCUGCAAAGUGGUAUGAAGGUUCAGUUUGGGACCUCUCAUGUAUUUAAAUUUGUGGAUCCCGUUCAAGAUCACAUUCCUAAAGGACGUCUAGAUGCAGGACACAUGGUGAAAAGUUCACGACUCAAAGCUGGGUAAAUCACCAUUUUCAAGCAAUCAUCCCAAACUCAGGAAGUUAUUUAAGAUGGUGAUGGCAUAGCAAUGUUUCAUUUUUCAAGUGGCAACCCUGAUAACAAUAAUAUGAUUAUCUUCUUACUAAUGUUUAAUACUCUUGCUCCAUCUUGUGAAAUCUUUUGGAAUUUCCAGUUGCUUAAUUCAUACUUAAAACUAAUGUUGUGUUGUAGAGUUCCAUUAAUAAAAGAGCAAAGUCAACAUAGCCAAAGGCACCAUGCUAUACUAUAAUAAUUUUAUAAAUGUUAUAAUUUUGUAAAACCAAGGACACUUGGAAGAAAAUUCUGCACACCUUUCAUAUUACAUGCAUUUAACUGUAUUCUUUAUAUGUCAUGAGGUUAGGCAUGAUGAAAAUCACAGUGGUCCCUGAAUUGUAGUAGCAUGAAGAAACAAGUGUUGGACUAUCUUUGUAUUUGCAUAUGAGAGAGAGAGUGUGUGUGUUGUGUUUGUAACAUUUCUGCACUGCCUUUCCAUAGAAUGACUAUGAGAGCCAACAAUAAAUACAACAAUAAAUAAAAUAAUGGCAAUAAAUAAUAAAAUAAUUUAUUAAAUAAUGACAAGAAUAUCAAUGAGCAGAACAGAUUAAAAUGUGGAAGUUUUGAAGUAACUUCCUAAAUUACUUUUAGUGACCUUUCUAUAGUGUCAUUCUUUGAAAAUGAGAUAAAAUCUUUCUGUGUGUAAACAUACCGUAUUUUUCGUCCCAUAGGACUCUCCGUCCCAUAGGACGCACCUAAUUUUUUUGGGGGGGACCUUUUUCCUUUAUUUCCCCCCCCAAACCAGGUCGGGGAACAGCGGGAUGGCGGCGCUGCGCCUCCCCGCUGUCCCCCGAGCUUGUGGGGCUGGCUGAUGUCUGCCCGGCACGCGGGGCGUUCUGCUUCAGGGCAUGCUGGGCGACAGGCUGCUGUCCGCAGCGUGGGGAGCCCCGCGGGAACUCCCACAGGCUCCCCAGGCUUGCUGAUAGCUUCCUGAAGCCUGGAGAGCGAGAGGGGUCGGUGCGCCUCUCGCUCUCCAAGCGAGAUUUCCCCUUCAUUUUUGGAGGGGAAAAAGUGCGUCCUAUAGGGCGAAAAAUACGGUAAUGUAUAUUUGUCGCUAGUAACAAAUUCCAGAAGCAAUUAGUCUAAACAUUGUUGUGCUAUGUUUCUGGAUAUUAUAUGUUGCUAAUAAUCUAGUUCUUGAAUGUAUGUUGUCUUUUUAGAGCUGUACAGGAAACUACAUUUGAUUUGGAAGGAGAUGUCCAUAGUGGAACAGGAUUGCCUGCAAGCAAGGUAACAAAUUGUCACCAGGCCUAGAAAUGUGCUAAGUCAUUUUACAACUGAUAAUUUAAAUAUGUUUUAGUAAUAUUUACUGAAAAUCUGGCCAUGAAGUCAGUCAGUAAGCUUUCUUUAAAGAGUAGUAAGCCUCUACUCUUUGAAAGAAAGCUAACUAACUGACUUCAUGGCCAGAUUUUUAGUAUAUAUUACUAAAACGUAUUUAGGGCUUCAUGUAUUAUCAUAGUUUUAUUUUAUAUGCACAAGCCUCAGCCAUUCAUAUUUCCUCCUUUUUCUUUCCUCUUUGGAUGUAUAUAUACAAGAGAAGGAGAUUGAAAGCUUCUGAUGGGAUAUUAUGACACUUCCCUGUGACAUCCAAACUUGGAACUGUGGUCAGUUUAAACUAUGGCUAGUCAGAACUAGGCAGGAUCAGAACAAGGUUUCAUAACUUUAUUAAUCAUAGCUUACCAAACCAUAUUUCCCUAGGUUUAGCCAUCAUAGGAAGUUUUACUUAAUUUAAAGUAUGGUUUCUCAUUCUUUAUGCACUUCACUUAGGUCUUGUAAAACAAAGCAUUUUUAAACUGAAAAUCAACCUUUUCAGAUAGUUUUAUCAAGGAACCUCUUUAUGGAAUUUCUGUACCUGUCAAAAUAGUAUUGGAUCACUGUCCUGGAGUGCAUUGUUGGAACUCACUUCUCACAUGAAUAGAGAGUACAAUCUAAAAUGUGUCCAACAUUAACUUAUAGCUGCAGAGAAAGGGUGGGCAAGGCAAAUCUCUGAUAUGUUUUGUGAUAAAUGCUUCUAAUCUUGUGUGGAACAGAGUACCAACAGAUUGGAUAGUGACAGAAUGUCGGCAUCCAGCACAGCUGAACGAGGCAUGGUCAAGCCAAUGAUCAGAAUAGAACAGCAGGAUUACCACAGGCAGGAUGGCAGGUACCAAAUAACGUUUUUCAAUUUCUAAGGUUGAUAUGGGCAGACUGUAUAUUUUGAUAAUCAACUUCAUUUUACCACAAAAGCAGGACAGAAUAUGGUAGGAUGUAGAUGUAAGAUGUAGAAUUGUGUGAUUUAUUUUUUUUAAUGGCAAAAUACUUGAUUUCAGAGGAUUUCAUGGGUGUUGGUUUUUUUGUAUAAAGGUAGAUAUGGUUCAUUUCAUUUUUACCAAAAGAGCAUGAAAAUAUGUAUAAAUAUUAGGCUGUCUGGUAAAUCUUUAGAUGCAGGUGUAGUAAUAGGACAAUGCAACUUUUCAGAAAUAAGUGGGCCUUUUGCAUUAUUUGGAUUGGGGAAAGCCUAUGCACUUUCAGAACUACAUUUGCCAUAGAUAGCAUUACAUGUUUUGAAUAAUGUACUGUAUUAGGUUUCAAACCACUUCAGGAAUUUCUCAUGUAAAAGAGAUAGCAAAACAUGAAUCACAAUUUCAUAGUCCUGCCAAUAGUCAUGAUUCAGAUUGUAUUCAAGUUUACUAUGAAAUCUGUCUGAGCUAAGGCAGUCAUUAUAUUGCUUUAAAAGUGGGGGAUGGGGAGUUGUGCAACUCAGACAUAUAUUUAAGUGUAACUGGCAGCAGAAUAGCUGGGGAAGCCAUUGCCAUAUUAAAUUAUGGUCAAAAGAGGGAAUGAAGGCAGAUCUAAUUAAAUGUUCCCAAGUACAAAUUUAACUGAGUUGAAAGAGGUUAGUGAGCAGAGACCAUGAUGAUAAACGACUUGCUGCAUCUAUUUUCCAAUGGGCAUUUUCAGGUUGUCAGUUUCUUAUGCAAUGUCAAGAGAAAUAUAUGCUUAUUUUUGAUUUAAACUCAGUACAUAUUUUGAAAUGGCUGGCAAUAGGCUUGUGUUACUGGAGAAAAUGGGGCAACCUUUACUGGUAAUGGAAAAGUAUGACCACAUAAGGUUUCAAGUUGCAGGGUAGUACUGUUGGAUUGAUUUUUUAAAAAUAGUAAUUUUUAUUAGUUUUCAAUUACAAAUCAAUAAUAGCCUCAUUAUAACAAUACCAAUUAUACAAUUAUUACCAAUCAUUUGAAUACUGAAUUAUAUAAUUUAGAUAAAGUUGCUUCCCGCAUGCUUGGAUUGAUGGCUUGAUUAUUUACUUUAUUUCUGUGUUCCAAAAUCUUAUUAAUCUCCAUGACAUUCCAGUCAUCAUAAUAAUCCCUUAUACAGCAACUGCAAUAUUAAUAACUUCUGUUCAUGUGGAGCUGUUCGAUUGAUUUGAAAAAAAUGGCUUGCCCUCCAGUCAGUAGGCCAUAGUAAAUGUCACUUCCGUAAUAGACACAUACUUCAUCUUGUAACCAGAGACUCUCUGGUUUACACAUUUGAAAGUGAUAACGGGCUGCUUAAAGUAUAAAACCAUAGUUAAUUUUCCCUGUCACUUUAUGUCACAUUAGUUCACAUAUUAAGCUAUUAGUCAUUCAUUAAGUGACCUACUUGCAUAUGACCCAGCCUUCCAGGUCUCAUAAAAACAUAGUUUUCGAAAUGGUUGUAUCUAUUACAUUGUAGUAGCACCUGUGGAUUUAGUGUGGUGCUAGUAAGCUAACCUCUCGUUCUUCUUUUAUGUAGCCUCAUGCAGGGGUCUGUGUGUGUAACAUGAGCUGUUUACAGCGGCUGACAGGCUGCCUUGUGCACUGCAAAUUCAUUAAAAUUUCAUAUUCAUCUAUAAUGCAGACCUUCAGUUCAUGAUCUAUCUUGUUAAUGAUCAAGUAGAACUUGAGAGUGAAUCUAACAAGAAGAGGGGAGAAUCAAUACCCCCCCCCCAGUACUGUAUUUUUCAGUUCAUGUGAACAAAAAUGGUGUAUAAAGUCCCAGAAGCAAAGCCUUUGGAAAAGUCUGUAUCUUUUGAUAGUGGAAUUAAUUUUCACUCUUUAAACUGGACUUUUAAAGAUCUGCUUUCUGUCUGUAGACCUCAGGACGCACAUGGACUUGAAUUGAUAUUACCUGCAAGCAUUGAAUUCAGGGAAAGCUGUAAGUAUUAACAUUUCAAACAAAAUCUGGUUAGGUGUGACAUUUUUUUAUUAACAAUUUUUAUUUCAUUCUUAUAGAUAACUUCAAAUAUGCAAGCAGUUCGAAAAGUUACAGUGGUCACAUUUUCCCCUCAGUCCCGGUCAUACUCCUUACAAAAGCCAGUGAAAUGCUACAAAGUGUAAUAGUUGUUAAAGGAUAUAGCUAUCAAUCCUAUGCCUUUCCCAUGGGACCACAAAGUAGAAGUAAGAGAUGAAGGCAGAAAUAGAAGCAGCUCUCGCGCUAAAUAAAGGCACUGGUUUUAUCAAGAAUUUUAAACUACUUUGGAAGUUUAACUACUUAGGUUUUACUAAGUAAACUUGUAAACUACUUAGGUUUUACUAAAAUCAACCGGUAUAUAAAUUUUGUUGAAAAUAAUAAUUAAAAAAAUUAAGAGAAAAAAAUCCUGAAGUUGCAAAUUUGCAGAGCCAUUUGUCGGAAGGUUUGAAGGUUUAUGUACCUUCAAAAUAUUUCUACACCCCUCCCCCAAAGGUUACAAGAAUCACUCCCAGGUAUUUUUCUUAGUUCAGAUAAGUCACACUUUCUUUGGCAUAAAGAAUUCAACCUAUUACAAAGUUAGCCUGAUGUAAAUCAAUAUACUGUAGUGGUCCAUUUUCUUCAGUGGCCUGCUCUGCAAAUUACAGCAACAUCUGGCCACUCUACACUUUGCAGUAGGCCAGUGUGUUCUAUAUGGACUGCCCUGCAAGACAAUUUAAGAUAUUCAACUGGUCCAAAAUAUAGCAGCCAGAUUACUGGUUGGGGUUCAUAUAACCCCUGUUUUGAAAUAGCUGCACUAGUUGCCAGUUUGUUUCCAAACCCAAUUCAAGGUGUUCACAUUGCAGUUUAAAGCAAUAAACAACUUAGGCCCCAAGUAUCUGAAAAACCAUCUCCAGAGGUCUUUGAAUAUGCAGAGAGAGAGAGCUCUCAGAACUUCUUGCUACCCUUAGAAAUGGAGGGUAUGAUGUCCCAGGAGAGUGCUUUCUCUGUAGCAGCCCCUGAAUCGUGGACCUUCCUCCCCACAGAAAUGUGUCCAGCAUCUUCCUUGUACGUCUUUUGCUAUAUGUUGAAGAUGUACCUCUUUACCUUGGCCUUUGACAGUUAAGGUAUUUUGUACUGAGGGACCAACCUCUUUUGCUGAAUCUAUAUUGUUCUGUUCCACUUGGAACAGUUUUAUGUGUUUUAUAAUUGAAAUGAUUUAAGCUAUUUAUAUAAUUGUAUAUUCUGUGACCCAUCCUGGGACUUGGUGGUGAAGGGCAGGGAAUAAACCUUGCUUAUAAAUAGAACAAGUUACGAAUUCAUCUGAUCUUGGUUUAUCUUGUUUUUACAGCUGAAGAUUCCUUUUUGUCUGCCAUUAUAAAUUACACCAAUAGCUCAACAGUUCAUUUUAAGCUGUCUCCUACAUACGUUUUGUAUAUGGCAUGUCGGUAUGUAUUGUCAAGCCAGUACAGACCUGACAUCAGUCCUGCUGAACGUACUCACAAAGUCAUUGCAAUAGUCAACAAGAUGGUGAGCAUGAUGGAAGGAGUUAUACAGGUGAGCUGCAGUGUUAAGAGAAUUUCUGUGAAUAUGUUUUCAUAGCUUAACUUUUUUUUUAAUUACAAAAAAUACUUCGCUUUUAGCAGGAUUGUUUAACUUGAUAGCUGUGGCUGCAGUCACAUAGCCAGUAUGAUAAUGGAUAUCACAGGGCAGUUUAUAAAUACCACACAAAGUGAUUUCCAUUUCAGUGUAAAACAAACAAACAAAAAACUAAUCAAGGUCCUCUAAAACAAAAAUAAGACCAGUAACAGGAUUCUCUUACUUGCGUAUAGAUCUUUGUCAGAUAUUGAACAAGAGAUUCAGAUAAUCAUGGUUUUAGAAAACUAGAAAGCACCUGUAUUUAAGCAUUUUAAUUGGCAUUUAGCUAGGUUCUACUCAGAGUAAAUUAAUAAACCUUAGUCUUUUCCAUUAACUUCCACUGGUCUACUCUUGAGUAGGACUAGUGUUGUAUACCAACCUUUAGGUUUCAUUUGUUGCCUAAGUCCAUUAAUUUCAAUAGGUUUAAUCUGAGUAGGACUCAGAUUGGGUAACACUCUUUGCCAGCAUGGGUCUCGAGCUCAAAAUUUGGUUCCAUGCUGUUGUCUACAGGAGGGGUAGUCAACAUGAUGCUUUCCGGUAGUGGUGGACUACAACUCCAGUCAUCCCUGACCACCAUACAUACAGGCUAGAGUUCGAGUACAGCAACAUUUGGAAGGCCCCACAUUGGCUACACCUCGUUUUUAUGUGUUGAAUCCAGAAUUCUCAUGGGUGCUCUGUUGGAGGAAGACACCUUUGAUGGAAUCCUCCUUCCCCUUGCAGCCUUGUGUAUGCCUUGUAAACUACUGUGAAGAGUUAAGAAAACCUCAGUGUGGGAAGUGGCAUGUGGAUUGCAGGGGAGGCUCCUCUGGUUGACAAUUACUUUCAGGACAGAAAGAGUUUUGAACAUGGAGGGGGACCUGGAUCCAACCCAUUGUCUCCUGAAUGAUUGGAAGUAAUUAUAUUUAAAAGAAAUUCAGGCUUUCAAUUGCAGAUAGCUUGCUCGUCACUCAGUUUUUAUUUUUUAUUUUUGGUACACGUGGUGCCAAAGUGAGCAGCAGCAGCAGCAGCAUCACUCAGGGUUUUUAUUUUUUAGUUUUUUGUGUCCAAGAUUUAAUUUUUCAAUUAAAACAUACUUGUCUGUGAAAGCAAUUCAUUUAUUAUGGCUCCACUUGUAUUUUCCUUUAAAUGGUCCUAUUUCUGUCUUCACCUGUCUCCCUGUUACGUUAGUAGUGCUAUAGAUUUGGAAGGCAGUUCUGCCUGUCCCACACUCUGAAUAAUAUGGAGAUCUAUCCCAUUGAAGCCAGUAGAACCUUCCUGGCAGCAGUAGUGAUUGAGGGUUGUAAGGGGCGGUAGCAGUACCUUCCUGGUGGUGGUGGUCUUGUGCACUGGUAUGCGGCAGGGCAGUGGUGAGGUCAGGGGAGCUCUGGGUUGGUGUCAUCAGCAUCUCACAGGUACGUGUACUUACAAGACACUGAUGUCAACCUGGAAUGCCCUCAGUCCAUCCCUGUUGUGAGCUCACUGCUGCUGGGAGGUAGGAUUCCCUCGUCCAAGCAACAUGCUACUGCUGCCUCCUGGCACUAGGCUAUCACUCUUCCAGAAAGUGUAUUGUGCCACAGCAUGCAUUUUGAGGCAGACAAUUGCACACCUUCCUUUACAAGAUUGUAGCAUCUAGGUUUCUUGGAAUGGCAGUCCCUGCCAUCAUUUAGCAAUUUUGAGUGCAUAUCUGCAAAUCUCACAGUAGAUUGUGGAAUAGUUUGUGAUAGAUUGAAUGUUAUCAGUUUGGCUUUGAUUGCAAAAAUCUGAUCAGCCCUUUAUUUAACAGAAAUGUAAUACAAAACGUAAUUAUUUUUAAGUACAAAAAUAUACACCUAUCAUAUUCCCUUUGGCCUCUGUUAAAUUUAGGCUGUAAUUCUAUAUUCCUACAGGGGAGUAUAUUCCUGUAUAUUCCUACAGGAUUGCACUGUAUAGUUUUCAACCUGAUCGUUGCAUGCAAAUUCUAUAGUUUCCAUGGAGCUUGAGCCAAACUUUUAUUAUAAUUAUGUUUAUGCUUCGCUUCAAUCUUAUUUCCAGGGUGGUAGGCAAGAAAGUCAAAUGUAAAUCCAUUCUUAAAUAUAAAGUACAGUCAUACCUCUACUUAUGUAUCCCUCUGGAUACAGAAUCUUCGGGUUAUGGCUACAGCAAACCCAGAAGUGUAUACUUGCAUGUUUUGCCGCAUGCGCAGAAGUGUUUCUCUAUUUAUGUAAUUUUGGGGGUUUGAAUGGACCCCCUGAACGAAUUAAGUUCAUAUUCGGAGGGUCCACUGUAAAAUAGAAGGAAGAACUUUAGAAUUUCAAUUAAUCACUGGAGUUCUGUUUGCAGAGACCCUCCUAGAUAGUAAUUCAAGUAAUUAGAUUCAAAGCAUUUUUAAAAUAAGCUAUUGUACAAGCAGUAUCUAUCUCAGUGAAAAUCCAGAAAAGACAGCCAAUUUUACAGGUUUUUGUGGAUGAUGUAAUCAAGCACAUAUUGAGGGUGUACAUAUGUCCAAACUUAGAAAGGAAAUUCAUGAUACAACACUCUGUGAGAAUCCAUUAAGAAGCACUGUAAGAUUAUUUAACAAAUUUUGUAAAAAGAGUGUAGGUAUCAGAUGGAUUAAUUGUCACUGCACAAAUUGUAGUGGCGAAAUUACUGGAAAUGAAACACUCACAACCACAGAAGAGUGCUCUUAAACUGGCAUUUCUACUAGUUCUGUUUAAUAUAUGAAAACUGAAUUGACCUGGCUACAGUGCUACAUGUCUGGCAGUCUGGUGUAAAGCUGCCUUCUCAUGGAAAGGAAAGGCUCUGGUGUCUUCUGUGGAGCAGAUCUCCAUGUUAUUCUUUGCAGGAUUGCGCAAAGUUUUCUCAGUUGUAUCACAUCUGGUGGUGAAAUGUUUUAAUGUGACUGAGCAUAAGUCUUGUGCCUUCAUAUUUAGUGUUUGAUUUCGAAAACUACCAUGAAUGUUCACAAGUUUCUUUCUUCUGUUUGAUUUCCUUCGUUUUUCUCCAGGAGGUAGACCAGGUUGAUCAGGUAGGAUAUAUUGCUGGGAACUGAUCCUAGCUGUGUUGGCUUAGCUCAGUUUCUCAUGCUGCUUCCAUGUAAAAAUACAAUAUUUCUACAGCUGGAUUGAACAGUUCAUAACCCUCAUUCAGCAGCUGGAACAUGCAGUACUAAAAUCCUUUUUUGACUGCGCAGCCUAUCAGCAUUCCAUAAUUUCUGCUUAACGCACUUCAGUAUGGAGACAUAAUGACAAAAGUUCUUUUUCUUCCCUUUUUUUUGUUUUGUCUGUGGUUCUGUUCUUUGGAUCUCAUCUGAGGUUGCCUGGCCUAGCAUUUGUGGUCGGGAAAUGGUGAGAUAGAUCAGUACUCGAUACUGAGUUGCUUGGUGUCAAAGCCAGUGGCUAGCAGUAUCUGGGUGACAAUGGGCAUUAGUCAACAUGUGCUUGCGCACAUACAGAUUACCAGAUAAUGCAUACAUCAAAGCUUUUCGCAUUUCAUGACAACAUGCUAACUCCAUUUCACAAAUGGCAUUUGGAAUAUUUAAUAAUUUAUCAUUAAAAUAUCACUUGUAAUUUGAAGCAAUUGCAAGAUGUCCAGCAUAUAUUACUUACAGUUUCAUAGAAAUUCUUUGCAAAUAUCUGGUAACUGAGUUAUAUUUGGUAAUAUGGAGGGGGUACUGGUCUAUCUAAACAGAGCCUUUUGAUAAUGAAUGCAAGCUGACUUGCCAGAGGAAGACUUCCUUUUGAUGUUUACACGACUUUUUGAAAAAUAUUUUCAGAAACAGAAGAAUAUUGCAGGGUCACUUGCUUUCUGGAUGGCAAAUGCAUCUGAGCUGCUAAACUUCAUUAAGCAGGAUCGAGAGCUUAGCCGAAUCACCUUAGAUGCACAAGAUGUUUUGGCACACCUAGUUCAAAUGGCUUUCAAGUAAGAUAAUUGGAUUUCUGUAUAUAGUACGUUCAUCAAGUUUUUCCUUAUUCAGGAAAAGUUAUACAUUCUUAUUUCCAAAUGCCUUUAAAAGCAGAUAUUGAGUGUUAUCCAAUGUAGUCAUACCCAGAGUAAGCUCAUUGAAAUAGCGAACUUUAUUGCACUUAUUUCAGUGGGUCUACUCAGAGUAUAAUUAAUUGGCUAUCACCAGUGUUUUCAUUUUUUAAAAAAUUAAAGUUGGUUAAUUCAUUUGUUUUAUUGUAUCUGUUAGUUGCUCUAUCUACUGGUGCAUUGCGCAUCUUAUUAUGCUCUAAGUGAGGAGGAGUUCAUCCUUAUACUUGGGCACAGUAAAAAUUCUGAAAAUUCUUUAUUAGAGUUAAUUUAUAUUAAGUGACAUGUACAAGCGACCUGUGUAAUUAGAAGUAAAAAAAUAAACUCCUUUUGGUGUUAUUUUUCCAGUUUCAAGCAAUCUGCGUUGUGUAAUAGAGCUAGUAGAUUAUAUGUUAGGAUUCCACUGGAAUGGGGGGAAACUGUGACACCCCCCAUCAAAACACGCACACAACCACCCCCCUUUUUCCUUAACAGUUUUGGGUUGAACCCGGAGGAAGUCACGGUGUAGUCCCACUGAAAUCUGUGGGACAAGUAAGUCAUCACUAGCUUAAGUCUCCUUGUAACUUUUUCCAGUGUCAGUUGCAACAAAAACAAUAAAGUGCCACAAGACUGUUGUUUAUCUCUGUUCUUCUCCUAACAUCCCCUGGGUACAAUCCCAUAAAAAUCAUAGUCAAUUUCAAAAUACAACAGGAAUUGACUUGGCACAGUUUGGUAUUUUUAAUUCAGUAUUAGUGCAGCAAUAUUUCUUAAUGCAGCUGUUUCUUGGGAAAUUGCUCAGGAAACUUGGUGAAGAUAGUGAGGAUGCAGUCCCAAGCACACUGAGGAGUAGGGCCUGGUAAACUCAGUGGGAAACUGAGAUAUGUGCAGGAUUGUGCUAGUAGUUGAAUUGUUGACACUUAGGUAAAUUCAUUUUUUCCAUGGCUGCAGGUUUUCAUCAGCCUAAUUUCUAUGUUCAUGAAUCUAAAUAUUCUUUAAAGGGAUGGAAGCCUUAAUAUUAAUAUUUAUACAAAAAUUUGUUUUCCCCCCCAGAUAUUUGGUUCAUUGUCUUCAGUCAGAGCUUAACAACUACAUGCCUGCAUUUCUUGAUGAUCCAGAAGAAAAUAAUCCUCAAAGGCCUAAAAUAGGUUAGAUCACUUUAUGAUAUAAUGUAAUAAGCAUAAGGCCUACUGUCAUGAGAGGAGCAUGGUGGCAGACCUUAUAUAUUGCAGGGAAAUGCAAUGUGUUUUUGCACGUACAAUAAGACGUACUGUACUUUGUGAGGAGUUCCUCAUCAGCAAGCUGCAUGGCAGCCAUUGACAUCUAAUCCACCUUUCCUGAUAUUGUAUGUUAGAAUGUAGCCGUGCAUGUAUUUGUGUGUAAUAAUACACUAUUUGUGUGUAAUAAUGCAUGACCCUUCCCACUUGGAUAACUCCAGUAACUGCCCUAGGCAGUUUCUUCAAGCCAUGUUCUGUGGCAGUGCCCAACAAUAGAAAUAUAAUAUUUGUGCUAAAGACAUUACCAAUUAUGCAUAUCUAUUGGAGCCAUUAACCAUUUACAGUGGUACCUUGGUUGUCAAACUUAAUCCGUUCUGGGAGUUCGUUCGAAAACCAAGGCGCGGCUUCCGAUCGGCUUCAGGAGCUUCCUGCAUUCAGUUAGAAGCCGCGUCGGAUGUUUGGCUUCUGGAAAAUGUUCACAAACGGGAACACUCACUUCCAGGUUUGCGGCGUUUGGGAGCCGAUUUGUUCAGGAGCCAAGCCGUUUGACAACCAAGGUACCACUGUAUAAAAAUUCUAGAAAAGAAAGGUGCAGAUAGGUAACCUUGAAUUUAUUGUAAAUUUUCUAUAUGCAGUCAUGCUGCAAAUAGGAAGAAUGCUGCUGCUCCUAUGCUUAAGGGCUGGCUUGUCUGGAAGGAAUCUGUGAAAUAGCUGACAUUAUAUAAUACACAAAUUAUUAUACCCCUUCUUGAACCUAAAAACAAGUCUGUCCAUCCUCACAUUCUCUUAAUUUAUUGAUGAAGAUUGACAUUACCUUUGUUUCUCCUUUUUCUUUGGUUUUCCUAUGACAGUUGCUGCUUUUUACUCUCUGCAUUGGGAAUUUUUUUUUUAAAAAAAGAGUACAAGUAUUACUUCAUUAUGCAGAUAAAUACAUCAUUGUUAUUAAUGUCUUCCAGUCAUAAUGUAAUAUUUAACACUGAGUAACUUAACAGAGUAGCUCAACCUGGAAUGGAUAGCUGAGUAAACUAUUGUAUUUUUUCUUCUAGAUGACGUCUUGCAUACGCUGACUGGAGCCAUGUCCCUGCUGCGGCGAUGUAGAGUGAACGCCGCACUGACCAUACAGCUCUUUUCCCAGCUAUUCCACUUUAUCAACAUGUGGCUUUUUAACCGAUUGGUUACUGAUCCAGAUUCAGGAUUGUGUUCACAUUACUGGGGAGCCAUCAUCCGGCAGCAGCUGGGGCACAUUGAAGCUUGGGCAGAAAAACAGGGCUUGGAGCUGGCUGCUGAUUGUCAUCUCAGUAGGAUAGUACAAGUAGGUAUUGGUAGUAAUAGGAAAAAUAAGUGCUUUCUUGCAUGAUCUUGGAAGAUUUUCCUCUACUAAUUUAACAAUGGAAAUUCAGACUUAGCCACCUGUAUGAAGUCAUAUGAAACCAGUGUCUGCAAAGUAGGGUUUGGGGUGUUCAGUUGCUUAAUUGCUUCAAUGUGGUUUUCCUCAGAGAGGUCUGUUUUCUUGCCAUACUGAGGAGAGCUGUUUUGUACCAACUGCCUUAUUUUUUAAAAAAUGUAUUUUCUGGUUUAACCUGUGCUAAGAAUUUCAAACACAAAAUGUGCACUCAUUCAAGAGCAGGGUUCCACUCCCCAAUUUGGUGUGUAGGGUCCACUGUCAUGUUUCUUAAGAAAAUAAAGGUGAUUCUACUAAUUGUGCUUCUUUUUCAGGCAACUACUUUACUUACUAUGGAUAAGUAUUCACGUGAAGACAUUCCAAAUAUCAACAGUACCUGCUUUAAACUCAAUUCUCUACAACUGCAUGCAUUGCUACAAAAUUAUCAUUGUGCCCCAGAUGAGCCAUUUAUUCCAACAGUGAGUUAAUCUUAACAUUUACUUAUUUACUUACAUACAUACAUACAUACAAAAUUUCCCUAUAAUUUUUUAUAUAGUGAAUGUUACGGGAUAGCGUAUGAAAAAAUAAUGCUAACUUUAUGUAAUAAUAAAAAGUUUGAGACAUCUGAACCACAUUUUUUAAACGGUGAUAGUAAUUCUUAGCUUGAGUAGCUUAUUCCGUCUCACAUGGAGAAGGAAGAAAAUACAGGCACCCCCCGUUUUUCAUGGGGGUUGUGUUCCAGGUCAUUGUAUAUGACAGUGCUCUGCCCCAUUACACCCCCUUUUUUGUCCAUUUCCAGGUUGUCGCAAUGCUCACAUGCGCAGUCACAUAUCAACUGGAUGCAUGUAAAUCUGCUUCAUUGUUUUGAGUAUCAACAGAUAGCUUAAUGAUGCAUUUUCAGUGCUCUUGGACUUAUUUGUGUUUCCAAUUUGGGGACACAUUGCAGCAUUCUAUUUAUGAAACUUUCUUAUUUUUCUUAGGAAUACAUUGAUGGAGUAGCUUGCUACAAGUCCUUGAAUUGUAGGUGGGUGGGUGAUGAGAGCAAAAAAAACUAUUAGUGCUAAAUAGUCAAACUGUAGGUUAAAAACCUAAUGUCUCCCUUCAUUAUUUUUCCUGCUCUUCAAAAUACAGAUUUAAUCAAAUAUGUAACAUCCAGUAUAAAUCAGUUUCUUCCUAUUGCAAAAAUCAAUGCCUGCAAUUCUUGUUUUGGUAUCAGUAUAAUAAUCCCCUUUGUAUUACUCGUUGAUCACAAAUGUUUAAUAUAUUUCUAAUAAUUUGAAGAAUUUCAUUUAAAGGGCACCUGCGGGUGGGGUGGGAUGAAACUAAAGUUAAAGCUCACAGCUACAGUUGAACGAAAGCUUUUGCCUUUUGUAUCUGCUUUAGACAACAUCAACCUAAACAUAUCACAUACAUCUUUCACAUUUGCUAAUUUGGGGUGGCUAAAGUAUAAAAUGAUAACUUUAUAUUAUUGGAUUCUCAUGUACAGCAUUGUUUACUCUCUCUCUCUUCCCCGCCAAACUAGGAGUUAAUAGAAAAUGUUGUAGCAGUGGCAGAAAACACAGCAGAUGAGCUGGCUCGAAGCGAUGGUAGAGAAGUACAGUUAGAAGAGGACCCUGAUCUACAGCUACCCUUUCUUCUGCCAGAAGAUGGUUACUCAUGUGAUGUUGUUAGAAACAUCCCAAAUGGGCUGCAAGAAUUUUUAGAUCCACUUUGCCAAAGAGGUUAGUCCUUUUAGUCUUGUACUGGGACAGAAAAUGCUUCCUUUGCUGUAGUUCAGCUAAGACAAAUUCAUUUUGUCUUUAGAUGUUUGGAAAUCUCUUCUUGCCAUUAUUUUUUAUGCAGGAUUUCAGCAACUUUUGUUGUCAUGGAGAUUUUAUCUGGGCAUCCCUUAAAUCAAGAAAAGGAGUGUCUUCUUUCCAGAUUUGUAUUAUCAUGUGAUGCACAUUCUGUGUUGUCUCCUUCGUCUUUUAAAAGCACUUGUCACGUUGAUGAGCAACACUGUUUUUAGUAAUGAACCAUUUGUAUGCAUGGUAUUUGUUUUUUGUGGACUCUCAAAUUACCUAAUAUGAGACAUGGGAAAAUACAUUCAGUUCUCCAUUGUCUCCCCCACCCUACCCCUUCUAGGUUUCUGCAGAUUGACACCUCAUCCACGUUCACCAGGAACUUGGACAAUAUAUUUUGAAGGUGCAGAUUAUGAAAGUCAUCUAUUGCAAGAUAAUGCUGACCUGGCAAGUACUUAUCUUCUGGACAUUAUGGUAGAGGACAUAAACUGUAGUUUAACCAUAUGCAAUUUGUUAUUUAGGGUGGCACUAGAGAGUUAAAAUGCAGAUGAUUGGAUUUACUAUAUUUUUCCUGCAGCAUAGCAUAUUAGUGCUUUACUUAAGCUAUUCAAAGUGCUUCAUUUUGCAACAUAGAAGUAAGUUGUGAGCAGAAUUACCUGUAAGUGUAUUAAAGUACCCAGAAUGAAUUCUUACUGCUGUGCUCAGUGUUGUGGAAUAGAGUUUAAUCUGUGCUUUGUUUCUGUAGGCUCAUCCCUUAAGGAAGGAACCUGAGAUAAUCACUGUGACACUAAAGAAACAAAAUGGGAUGGGUCUGAGCAUUGUGGCUGCUAAGGUAUGAAUAUAUAAAUAUACUAGAAAGCUCUGUCCUCCUGCUUGCUCCACUCACACCCCACCGGCAAGGCACAUGACUUACUGAAUUGUCUGCCCUAUCAAUAUGUUUUGUAGCCCUUUUUUUACCUUCACCCCCAUGCACAUGCCUUCUCUCUGUAACCCUUCUCACACACAGACCACCCUCAUCUUCCUCCACACGUUGCAACUACUAAGCACCCUUUUCACCUUCCACCCUAUUUUGAAGUCAAUAUUUCCUCCUGUUUUGCAGCCCCUUUAGUGCCCUCACUUUCAUAUUCACUCCUAUUUUCGUACCCCCCCCUACUUCUGCAGAUAAAUGUUACUGUACUUUUAAGAAUAGAAUUUUGAAGACUGUCAGCUGGUUCAGUUAGGGAUGGUUAAGUGACGGAUGUUGUACAUAUAUGGUGUUUGCUUGUUAAUAAAAUACUUGUACAGUACUAAAUUACUGCAUUGAAUCUGUACACACAUGGUACCAGGAGUGAAGUAAUAUUUGAGGGCUCCUUUAUCUCAUACAUGAGGUAGCUGAGGAAAGAAAGAGGGAGACAACAAUGGAGAGACGUGGGGGGGGGGGGGAUGGUGAUUUAAAACAAGCCUUGAGUACUGUAAGAAGAGAGUUGAGAAAGGUUUUGUUGUGGUAGCUUUUUCAUGUUGACCUCUGUGUUGUACCCAUUUCCAUUUAUUUCUCCUUGUUUUUCCCCCCAAUCCUCAGUGUUCCUCCCUUCAGAUAUCCCCCAUUGUCUUAAACUAUCCCUUUCCCCCCUCCCAGUGUCCCUCUCUUCUCGUUUUGAUUUUGUCCACGAUAGCCAUAAAGUGAGUAACUGAACUGCAUCUCAUCCUAUUGACUGAGGUGUGGGGAGUGAACAGGCAGCAGAGAGGCUCACCCUGAUGACUUUUCAUUCUAAUGUGAAUUAUUGUUCCAUCAGUUUCCAACCACCAGAUGGUGCACUGUACCAGUAUUGUAAAGCUGCCACAUAUUUAACAAAUUUAAAGAGCUAGUUGGUAGGUGGCAGUGUUCUAAAACAGCAUUUAUAUUUCAGGGAAGAAAUUUUAAGAUCUGUACUGUUGAAUUCAAUAAUGAUCUUGCAUCAUUUAAGCCAGAAGCAAGUCAUUCACUUUUGUGUUCUGCUAUUAAGAUACAAAUGAACAGCUUGCUAUGUCAGCACUGACAACUGUCAUAAGUGACAUUGCCUAGUUUGAAAGAGUCUCUGGCAGGAAUACAGGUGUAGCAGCCUUCCCCGCCCCCUUCUCCAGUCAUAAUUCAUCUGGAAAAGAAUUAAACCUAUUGAAGCUAGGUGGUUGCAAGAGGGAAAUGACAAUUUUUAAUAGGACUAAUCUGCGACCUCAGUGGUGGUAUUUCAAAGUCUCUUUAAAUGUAUAGCAUUUUUUACUAUUAAGGACAUGGUGCUUCUUGUUUCCAAAGUAUUGUAUCUUUGCUUGGUUGCAGAAGGGAAGAAAGAACUGGCUCUUCUGAGUGGUUUAUAUGUAUUGAGUAUAAAAGAAUGAGAGUGAUCAUCAUAGCUUUAUUAUUAAUUGUAUUUCAGAAGAUGUGCAAACAUCUGGCAGUUUUUAAUUGAUGACUACUUCAGACUAUUCUUAUGCACCUUUAGUGAUAUUUUUGCUGAUUGAUUCAUUUUUACUUAGGACAUGGUUAGUUACCCCAGAGUAUGAAUGUGGGCAGGGCUGUUUCUGGCAGGUGCAAGACACAGCGCAAAUAUGCACACUAGGAAUCUCUAGAGAGGAGACUUUCAAUUUUUUAAGGGCUCUGGACAGAUUUAGAUUUUUGAGCAAGUGCUCAUCACAUCCUCUGGCCACUUCUUUUCUACCUUCCCUGAAUCAGGAAAUCACACAAUCUAUCUCUCCGGGGAGAGAGAGAGAGAGAGUGCAUGCACACACUUCACUUUUUCAAUGAAUCUCUGUAAAAGUCAUAUUCAGUAGAAAAACACUUAGAGUAGAAAGAGGAAGUGAGAAAAUACACCAUUUUUCUAACUUUCUCCUUUGGCUCUGUAUACAUUUCAAGGGAGAAAAAGAAAAUCUACCUCAUGGUGAAAGGGUUGCUGAAUGGGAUGAAGGCCUCAGAGGCUUGGUGAACCCUAGGGGAAGCCCUCAAGGGCACCAGUGUGCCCAUGGUCAUAAUUCUGGCAACCUCCACUCAAGCGUUCCCUUUGGAUGUUCAUGGUUGCUACCACUGCCACUCCCAUGCCUCUUCCUCACCUCAGCUGCCAAAUUGCUUUUCCAUUUUAACACAGCAUCAGUGCUGGUGCACUUUUCUCCCCUUUAUCUGAAGAAAGAGUUGCUUCCUCGGAAGCUAAGCAAUCAGGGUAAGGUGGUCCAGGAAAGGGACUGUGUUGGUCAUGUGCGUGGCCUCCCAAAGGAUUGAGUAACAGAGCAAUUUGCUAGGGAUGGUCCUGAAUUCCUAUGCAUGUCCAAAUUACACUCACAAAUUAUCCCCAGUAGGGAUGCGUUUUUAAGCCUGCUUCCACAUAAAGGUUGCAUUCUCUGGAUCCAGGCAAAUAGAAAAGUUCUGGUCAUCUCAUCUGCAAUGGAGAAAGCAAGAGCCCCAAGUCUAUACUUUUAAACUUGUAUGAGUUUCAGCUUCACAUUAUUAAUGAUUUUCAUUUUUUUGAGGUGAUAAAAUCUUAUAUUGUUGCUGUUAACAUCUUAUGGUGUUGUGAAAUAGCCAGUUGUCUUAUCAGUGGUAGUCUGGCCUCUUGACUAGAGUGCUGGCUUGACAGAUCCCUGGAGCCAUGAUCCAGAAUUAGUUCUAUGAACAGCCCGAGGUAAAUCAGUAUUCUCUAGUUUCUAGAGGAAUUUAGUGAUGCCCUAGGAACUUCAAAUUAUCUGAUAGGCAUGGUUCCAGAGGGCAAACAGAAACCAUUCACCUAUUGUCAAGAGAUUGAGACUUCCAGUUCAAAUCUUGUCUGUGUUUUCCAGGAGGUGUAGUGAUAAUCCUUCUAGCUGUUAGCAUGUAGUUAGGAACAUGAGCUGUUCUGUGUGAUAGUAGCAGUGAGCUUAGCCACACUGGCUUGAAAAGGCAAUAGCCACGUUUCCAGUACCGCAUUAGGAACAGAAUAAAUUGGCUACCAUUGAUGUAAUGGUUUCCAGUAGUGGCCUUGCUGAUGCUUCAUUUCUGUUGCAAGACUUUUCUAUAGCAGGAGUACUUUUUUGGUGGUAGUGGCUGGAUUGCUCGGGGGUCAGGGGAGCAGUAAUACUAAGAGACUAAGGGCAGAAUUUAGUGCUCUAAGCCUGAAAGAUGUUUCGAUGUUAAAUGCUGCCUGACUUCCAACCACACUGUGGUUACAUUUUAUGAAAUCCAGAUGAUUUGGAAGCAGUGUGUGCAUGCAGUUUACUUUAAAAAUAUAUCACGGGGUGGGAUGGGGAGUGAGGGGAGGGGUUAGCAUACGACUUCUUCCCAUCUGUGGGCCAGCACUUACUUCCUGUUUAAUUUGGAUUUUCUGUAUCUUACUGAAAAGGCCGCCUUGAUUUUUCUAGGCAGUGCCUAUAGUUUAAUAAAGCUCUUAAUGAUAAACUAAAGGCAGAGUAGCAUAACUGAUUGUGCAAAGAGUUGGAAUAUUGCAUUGGUUGUAACUAGUGUUGAUAAAUGCUAUGCUAUAUCAGUGUCCAGUUCAGAGCUGUCUUGCUGGGUGUUUUGGAAAAUCUGGCAGACUGAUGUUUGGGUUGUAGUCGAAGGCUGAGAAAGGAUUGUAGAGUUGUAUUUCUGGAGUUAAAAUGUGGUUUUCUGUCGUUGGAAGAACAGAAUCCUCGGUAAGUCUGUUCAAAAAGUGCUUUUCUAUAAACUUUUAAAGUUGUCGGUGACUACUUCAUUUGGCACUACUUGUUGUUGCAUGCAGCUAAGUGAUGUUCUUUUUAAAGGCUAACACAAUAAAUUUUUUACCUUAAGCCAGUUCCUUUUCUGUGCUUUUUAAUGACAAACAUAGUGAGAAGUUUUAAUCUACUGUAGUCUGCCAAGUGAACUUUUUCAUUUACUAUUGAAAGAUUAUGAAUAAUGUAAGAUGUGGGCUUUUCCUUCUAUCCAUAAUCCAGAAAUAUCUUUAUAAAUCUUGUGAUUUUGCUGUGUGAAGAAUGCUAAAACAUAUUAAAAUUGACAUUCUAAAUACUAAAUAAGAAUAAAAUUAACUGACUUCAAUAUAUUUAUUUCUGUAGAGGUUCCUUUAGCUAAUUUACAUGUCAUUUCAAUUGCUCUAAGUAUUGAUAUUGAACUACUUGAUGGCAUAAUUGACCUAAACACAAUCAUGGUUGAAACGCACAUUUUUCUCUCAGUGCCAGUCACCACUUUUCACAAGGAAAAGUCAAAACAUUUGCUAUAAAGCAGUGUUUUGUUUUUAUGCCUGUACUUUGAUAUUGGAAAGGAAAGCUCAAUAACUCUUUCAAGUAAUGAUGGAGAAAAUAUCUAUUAUCAAUGACAAUAGUAGAAAGAAAAUCAUUGCACUAGGAAAGUGCAAUACAGCAUUAAACCACUGAUUUAUGUAAAAAUGGAUUUUUCAACAAACGGCUUUCAUCUAACCUUUCAUGUAUUGUUGAUGUUCACAGUCUAACAGUUCUGCAUACUUACAAACAAUCCUAUGUAUGUUUACUUAAAAGUAAUAUGUUAAAGUAAUGAUAGUAAUGUAAAGUAAUGAUAGCUGCAUUUUGGAUUGCAGCCUCAAGCACCUAAUUCUUUUAUGAAUUGUAACUAAUAUAGCUACCCUUAUUCUGGAUUCCGAAGCUUAUGUUAAGAUGGGAUAAAAGAAGAAUGAAGCUUGAGUUGGAAGGGACCCUGAGGAUCAUCUAGUCCACCCCCUGCAGGAAUAUGCAGCUGUCCCAUAUGGGGAGCAAACCUGCAACCUUGGUGUUAUCAGCACCAUGCUCUCACCAACUCCAGCUUCCACUACUUCAGAUUUUCAAAUAAGAUUAGUGGCUGAUAUUGUCACAUCAUACUGUUUAGCAGUUUCUGGAAGAAGAAUGUAUAGAAAGAAUGGGAAAAGCUUUAUAUCAUUCUCACUUUCUGUUCUGCUAUGUCUCAGAAACAAGCUUUUAAGAGAGCCACUAUAGCCCAAAUGGGAAAAGUAAAUGGCCUGAUUACAGUGUGAAUUGAGUGCCUUUGAUCCAGAGAUCUAUGAGCAGUAUUACACUCACAGAAGAGAGGUGGUUUCCCCCAGUUGCCCUUUCCCUCACUGACUGUGAACAUUUGCUCUGGAGGAUAGCAGUGAGGCAGGGAAUUUGCAAAAAAUCACAAACCACUUCCAUGAGUGGGAGCCUCCACUGAAUUGCAACUCCUUUCCAUGAAUGGAAGGAUUUGUAACAUUUACAGAACAUCAGGCUACUCUUCUCUGACACUUGAGAGAUCACUCAGAGUUCUAUUUUCCACAUGGAGAUUUAAAAAAUGGACAAAACAUACAAGUGCCCCUCUGACAGUUAGAUGCACAGUCCUUUCUACCUUCUAUGUAGACAAAAGUUAUGCAGCAAAUUGAGCAUGCAUAUAUAGCGGAGGAAGGUUCCUAGCUAGGUAAAGUCAAUAGUCCACUGGUUGAGCACAUGCUUUGCAUGCAAAUAAUCCCACAUUCAAUCCCCACCAUUUCCAGGUAGGGCUGUGAUGGAGUCUGCCUGAAGUUCCGCUGACAGUUGGGUGUCUACAGUAUUGUGCUAAAGAGACCAGUGGUCUGACUUAUACAUAUAGUACAUACGGAACUAUAUGUAUAUGUAUGCCCAUACUUAUACCACAUGUAUGUAUGGAAGUAAAUUUGUUACAGAUGAGUUCUCUUGCUUUAGAAUCUAUUUUAAUACUUACAAAGUAUAAAAAGUGUUCUAAGUGCUGUAUAGAUAUUAAAGAUAAGAUUGGUAUAUUGAGGGUUGGCACAUAAUAAUAAUAAUAAUAAUAAUAAUAAUAAUAAUUUUAUUAUUUAUAGCCUGCCCAUCUGGCUGGGUUUCCCUAGCCACUCUAGGUGGCUCCCAACCAAAUGUUAAAAACACAAUACAGCAUUAAACAUUAAAAACUUCCCUAAACAGGGCUGCCUUCAGAUGUCUUUUAAAAGUAAGAUAGUUGCUUAUUUCCUUGACAUCUGAUGGGAGGGCGUUCCACAGGGCAGGUGCCACUACUGAGAAGACCCUCUGCCUGGUUCCCUGUAACUUCACUUUUCGCAGUGAGGGAACCUUCAUAACAUAUAUUUUAUUGAAAUCACCUGAUGUGGCUAAAGUCUGUUUAGAUAAGCAGACACACAUCUACUUGGCUGCCGUAGCAUCAACUCACAUUGUGUCUUCUGGAAGAAGGGCAGCAUUGGUGUCCUGUCAUGAUUUUACAACUUCAAAGAAUUAGGUUUGACGAAGAAUGCUAUGCAAGAUGCAACUAGUUCAAAUAAGGCACUUUUUACCUCACCUUCCGCAACUUCUUCCUUCUGCUUCACAUUUCUUAAUGUGCCUUUGCUUCUGCCACACUUGUUGCGGUUUACGAAAUCAAGGGUUCUGUUAAGGAAUUUGAAGCAAAAGGAAGAAGCUGUGGAAAGUUGGGAUUAAUACUGGUUGCAAAUGUUAGCACGUACCAUUCACAGAAGUAUAUUCUUGCAUUUCAGCUUUAGAAGCCAUUAAACAAUACACAUGCUAUGCAACUCACAUAAAUUCAGCAGGGCUUCUGUCUAAGAAAUUGCAAGCUAACAAAAUAACCAGGGAUAUAGUGUGAUAUAGCUGUUGAAGAGUCUGAAUUAAGAGUUGUCAGUACUUGUUCACCUCACAGUUCAACUAUGAACUUGCAUUGUCUUGCCCUGGACCACCUAAUAUCUUCCCCUCAGUUCCUCUGCCCACCAGCCAAUCAGUAAUAUAAGUAUUGUGAUACUGGCUGCCCUUACAGGGAUGGUCAUAGAGGUCAGUGAGAUACUUAUAUCAAAUAGUUUUAUAUUUUAGUUAUCAGUGGGUAAAUUGUUAAGCGAAACUGCAAUAUCAUCACACUCCUAUAUUUCUAUUUGUAUAAUAAAACAAAAUGUAAAUAAUGUCAUCACACAGCCCCUGUUGGAGGAUUUGUAGUUUUGCGUCCCAAUCCUGAAUGUGCAUUAAUUCGGGAUGGGAUAGGGGAGAAAAUAUGAAGUGAUGGUUUAAAGUAACAGAAGUUUGAGUAAAGCAAGGUAGGAGGGAGCUGACAGGAAAAUGGGGUUUUUAAUCAAGCAAACACUCAUAUGUGUGCAAUAUCAAUCAACUGAACUUAACAUUCUCCAGCUGACAGGCUUAAAAUUCUGUUCAUCUUAAAGGUACAGUAACAUACAUUAUCAUGGAGGAGGGGAAAAUGCAAAGGGGGCUUUUAACUAGGAGAAGGCAUGGAAAUGGGAUGAUCUAUGUGCAAAGGAGAGUUGAAAAAAUUAGGAAGAGGGAGAUAGGAAAAAGAAGAUGAAGGUGAAAAUGGGAAUGCAGAGAGCUGCGAAAAGGAAUAAGAGGUGUGGGAAUGCAGGUGAAAGCAUUUGCAUGAAAGGUCUGUGGAAUAGGAGGGGAUGAUGGCUUCAUAAUGGGGUGGGAAGCGAAAAGGGUGCUUAGUAGUUGCAAUGUGUGGGAAGAGGAAGAUGCGGGUUAGCAGGAUGUGCAGUGGGGAUGCACGAAAGGAGGGGGAAGAGGAGGAGGCAUGGAUCUGGGAGUGAAGAUGAAAAUGGUUGCAAAGCAGAACUGCAGAACAGAAGAGAGUGGCUUCAUAAGUGUGGUUGGGAAGGUGAAAAGCAAGCUUAGUAGUUGCAUGGGGUGGGAAGGGAUUAAUGUGGGGACAAUGGCAGGAUUUGCUGCUUGUCAGAAAAAGCAAUCUUUAUUGUGCAUUUGUAAUAAGAAUUGUUUUAUCUCUUUCUAGGGCGCUGGUCAAGAUAAACUUGGAAUCUAUGUCAAGUCUGUGGUCAAAGGUGGUGCUGCAGAUGUGGUUAGUAGUACCUUUAAUUACAAAAUUAAUAAAAUUUCAGUGAUUAAUUUUGAAUAGUUAUAAACUACACAGCUUAGCUUGGCUAAUCUCCUACUGUAUAAUGUACCUUUGUCUUAUGAAACAUUUAACCAGGAUGGCCGUCUAGCUGCAGGGGAUCAGUUACUUAGUGUGGAUGGACGCAGUUUGGUUGGACUAUCCCAAGAGAGGUAUGUCAUGCUUUUAUGUGUUUGUAGAAGAGUGGUGUGGUUAUAAAUCACAUAGGACUUUUCCUCUCAUCUUUUACACCCCUUGAUUUGAUUGACAUAGAUUCCAUUCUCAACCUCCUCUGUCACUGGUCAUGCCAUAGAUGUUGAGACACAUUUGCUCACUCAAACUUGUGUAGUGUAGUGCUGUGACUUGCAAUGGCUCUGGGUUUUUUGAAUUGUAGGAGGCAUUUGGUUUGUCCUGAGAAAAGUGACUGCGCUUUUCAUCUCUAUGCUAUUUGGUCUGCCAGACUGUUUCACAGACUUGUAGCGCUUCUAUUAGAGCCAUACAGGGAAAAUUGAGCCCUUUUGCCACAGUUGCAGAAGUGGGAUUGCACAGAUUGGCAACCCAGCCAAUCAAAACAACAACAACACUAGUGUACCCUUUUCUGCUGCAGUACCACUGAUAGUAGCUCAGAGUGCCUCAGAAAAUUCUGAUUCCCAAAGUCUGUGAUUAAAUCCUGUAUUUGAUUUAAAGCUUGCAGUCCUUGCAGUUUUAAAGACAAUCAUUUGUGCCAUUUCUGCUUUAGAAAAUAAACCGGCAAUUUUUAGUGUGGUGUGUGGGGUUUUUUUUACUUAGAGGAAGUUUGGAUGAGUUGUUUAGCGUGCAAGACAUUAGAUGAAAUUUCAUUCUACUCAUGGUUCAUAAAAAGGCCCUUAUUCCAAAUAUUACUAUUUUAAACAAAUUAGUUUUAUCUUUUAUCUGAAAAACUUAUAUUUUGUGUACUUUCUCUUUGAUCUUUAGUACUAUCUUGCUACUGUCAAUUUUAGUAUUUUUUAAUUAAUUUUAUUUAACUCUUACCUCAGGGCAGCAGAGCUGAUGACAAGAACAGGAUCAGUAGUGACGCUAGAAGUAGCAAAACAAGGAGCAAUUUAUCAUGGUUUAGCAACUUUGCUUAACCAGCCGUCUCCAAUGAUGCAAAGAGGUAAACAACUUGAAAUAUUUUUGUCCGCAUACAUUUUUGGGUGAAAACCAAUCUUAAAUCUCCAUGCUUUCUAGAAAUUGUGUUUGAAUAAACAUAGUACAGCCUAAUUCACUCAUUAUUCUUUCUCUGAAGGACUGCAGUGUUAAAUGUGUUGAGGGUUGUUCCCCAAAAGGAAUGAGACUAUUUCUUAAUCUGUUUCCUUCUCUGUUAAAUUUGAGGAAUGAUAAUAACCUUUUGAAAGGACAAAACAGUCAAGAUUGUCAAGCGUUUUGAAGAUUAGAUUAAAACAUUUUCUAUGGGUUGGUACUGUUUGGCAAACAUAUAUUGAGUCUGACCUCUGAUCCAUCUGGCCUAGUACUGCCUACUCUGACUGGCAGCAACUCUGCAGAUACCCGCUGCAUAAUAUACUUUUAGCUGGAGAUGCUGGGGUUGAACAUAGAACACAAUGCAUGCAACACCUGUGCUUUUGCCCUGACUAUGUGCUUCCCCAACUUGGAUAGGAGUGAGAAUACUGCAUUUCAUUUAUUUUGGCCCAGUAAAUACAGAUUGUGUGGCAGCUCUGUUCAUUUGUUAAUUUCACUGGCUUGGAAGGAGCUGUAAUUCAAGUGAUUCCUGAUUCAUCUCUCAUUUAGAAGCCACUUUCAUUUUGCGUGAGAUACUACCACCUCAGUAUUAAUUCACCUUAAGAAGGAAGCAGGAGGUGCUUCAUAGUUUAGCAUCUGUCUGAGCUUGUCUUCAAAGAACCUUCCUCCUAGUAAUAGAAAGGAGAGUGUCCAGUGGCUAAAGCCCCAUUUGACCAGCACACAGCAGGCAAAUUCACAGUUAAGUCCAAAUUCUCAAUUCACUUCCCUUCACCCAAUUUCAUUCAUCUGGGAUUAGGGGAAUGACUUCAAGGUUCCGGCAGCUUUGAAUCCAAGCAGUAAUCAUAUGAGAAGUUAAGCAAUGAUUGUUCUCAUACAACUUCUCUCUCUUUCUGGAGUUUCAGACCGCCGUGGCUCAGGUAAACCCCGACCAAAGAGUGAAGGAUUUGAGCUAUAUAACAACUCUGCUCAGAAUGGGUCCCCUGAGAGCCCCCAGUUGCCUUGGACAGAAUAUAAUGAACCAAAGAAAUUGCCAGGGGAUGACAGACUGAUGAAAAACCGAGCUGAUCACCGAUCUAGUCCCAAUGUAGCAAGUAAGCAGGAAAUGGUUUAAAGAUGUUUAUAUGGACCAUGUUUCUGUAGAGGACUGAAAUGCUCUGAAAAUGAAUGGAAUAAAAAUUUGAUAGUUAGCUACAGGGGCUAAAUUCUAAAGAAGGUAGGCCUCCACAGAUGUUAUGAAACGCCCAACGCAUUACAUCAGAUUGUGAGUCCUCACAGGCCAUCAUUCAGCUUGUAAGUGCCUGGGACAAGAGGUGAGCCAAAGAAGAAAUCAGAGGCUUUCAGGAACCUGUUGUAGUGGGUAUAUGUUUAUGUAAAAUUAUGUACAGUGGUACCUCAGGUUACAAACGCUUUGGGUUACAAAUGCUUCAGGUUACAGACUCCGCUAACCCAGAAAUAGUACCUCGGAUUAAGAACUUUACUUCAGGAUGAGAACAGAAAUUGGGCAGCAGCAGCAUGGCAGCAGUGGGAGGCUCCAUUAGCUAAAGUGGUACCUCAGGUUAAGAACAGUUUCAGGUUAAGAACAGACCUCCUGAACGAAUUAAGUUCUUAACCCGAGGUACCACUGUACUGAGACCCCUAAGUACAUGCAUACAUCAUUUGAUUUGUAUGUUGCCUUUCCAUAGUUAAAACUAUGCUCAAGGCAGCUUACAACAUGAAGAAAUAUACAUAAUAUAACAAAAAUACAGUAGUCAUAAAUAUGUACAGUAGGCUAGUUAUUCCACCCCUGAAUAGCUAGCUGUGAAACAAAUUAUAUAUACUAUUUUUCUUACAUUAUUUAAGAGGAGCAAACAAGUUUAUCAGCCUUGUUAUUUCUCUUAGUUUGAAUUAGUUCUCUUGUGUAGGCAACAAAGGUGGUUUAAUUUUUUUCCCCCCUCAACAGACCAGCCUCCAAGUCCUGGGACCAAGAAUGCAUAUGCAGCUGGAACCACUAACAAGAUAACAUCAGUGUCUACUGGAAAUCUUUGCACAGAGGUUAGAAGUAGCAAGCAAAAAAACAUUUACCAUAUAUAUAUAUAUAUAAAAAUCACAGUGUGGUGUGUUUUAAUAGGUACAAAAAUGUAAAUGAUCUUUCUAUAUUUAUACAGGAACAGAUACUACCAUCCAGACCUGAAGCAUAUCCUAUCCCAACACAAACUUACACCAGAGAAUAUUUCACAUUCCCAGCCUCCAAAUCCCAGGAUCGAAUGGGUCCGGCUCAGAAUCAGUGGUCGAGUUAUGAAGAGAAACCCCAAAUUCCACCUGAAAGUAAUCAUUAUAUCAGUGUUGCAAUGCAGGUUAGAAAUUUGCUUUUAUCAACUAAGUUAACUGAAUGGUUUUGGUGUUGUGGUAUGGAAUAAUAAGAUUAUUGGUCCCCUAAUAUUUAGUACCCGUAAAAAUAUCUCUGGUUUGUUACAGCUGCUAUUUGUUAUUUGGUUAGCUUUAAAAUUAGAAAUUAAAGGUUCACAGUAUAUCUAAAUUGCUAAGAAAAGGUUCCAUACAUACUGGCAUCUUAUAUGAAAACUUGACAAUAUAUAUUUAGAGUUGAUGUUUGAAACAUAGCAAUAGUAAAUAAUACUGGAAACAUUACUUUUGCCAAAGGUUUGUGUCUUAAGAGUGACUGUAAAUGCAGUUUAGUAUUCAAAGACUGCAUUAACUAUUGUCAAACCAUAAAAUGCCUGUUUAAGUUGUGUUCGCUUUUAAAUACCCAAGUCAUUAGCAAUCUGCUAGUAGCGUUUUCACAGUGCAUCUUACACAAGUUGCUUUGUGUUCAGUGCUUCUGAACUAAUAGAGCAUAAGAAAUGCUUUCAUUCCAAACAAUGCAUUCUUUCUAGGUCAUGGUUAAGGUCAUUGAUAGAGAAGCACCAAAUAAGUUGCCUUUGUUCAUAGUUUCUAACUACGAUUCUUUUGCAUCUGGUCAACUUUGUGCCUAAAAUAAAUCUUGGAAGGAACACUUAAGGAAUUUUGAAUUAAAAUUAAAAUUUAUAGAUGGUUUCAUUGGAGCUUCUAAGGUAUGUGGUGCCUUAUUAUCAAAUGGUAUUGCAUGCUGUGCAGUGGUUGUGUUUUUACUUAAUGCUGGAGAACUUCACAGUGAUCUAAAUGCAGCAUAUCUGUGAAGAUGGAAUAUUUUACCAGGGAUUUAAUGAUCAGAUGUUUUCCUGCCCUAUAUAACUAUGAGAAGGAGUGGGGAAAUACAGUAAAGUGAACAGAUGGUUCCACUUCCUGUGCUGCUCUUAGGGUUAAUUGUGAUUAUAAUAAAAGCUUGUCACAGCAGUUGGAGGCAGGACUAGAUAAGUUACUGUGCUUCAGUUCUUCUUGUAAGCUGCUAGCCCUACAUCUUCUAUGGGAAUACGUUUCAGAGCUGGAAGUAGUUUCAGUUUGGCAUUGUUGUGAGUUCUCUGUGAGAAUGGGUAUACAGCCUAAAUUAGGUUGCUGUUCUUUCUCCUCCCAAAGUAAUUUCGUAAUCGUGUAUCAAAGCUCACAGACCUCUAGAGCUUGCAUAACUUGUUUGGAAUGAAAGCCUGUAUGCAGUACUUGGAACUGUUGCAACAUGCUGUUUAUGAAAGUGUUGAUUUUACAGGAAAGUGAGUAAGCAUUUCAUCAUCACUCUAGAAUGCUAUAAACUGUCAUUCGGUAAUUUUUUUCUGUACAUGAAUUCUAACAUGUGAAAACUUUUUUUCCUUCUUCAAGCGUGUAACACGUUCUCAGGAGGAACUACGAGAUGAUAAAGUUUAUCAGCCAGAAAGGAGUCGACUAGAAGUUGCCAUACGAAAAGAUGUGGAAUAUAUUGAUCGCAAAUCAGACAGUGAUCCAUGGAUGAAUUCUUCUGUGGAUUCUAGCACAUCAAGCCAAGAGCAUCUAAACCAUUCCUCUAAAUCUAUUCCCCCUGGUUCUUCUUUAACCAAAACUGGACCUGGUCGCUGGAAAACUCCUAUUGUUUCUCAACCAGUAUCACUAGUGACUUCCCAGUCCACCAGAACAGACCUUCCUCCCCCUCCCCCUCCUCCACCAGUGCACUAUGCAACUGACUUUGAUGGGCUGCAAAUGGAUUUGCCUCUUCCGCCCCCGCCGCCACCUCCAAGCCAGUUGGGGCCACAGUCAUCAUCUCAGGUUGCUGCUGCAGAACGCAAAAAGAGAGAAGAACAUCAAAGGUGGUAUGAAAAAGAGAAAGCCCGUUUGGAGGAAGAGCGAGACAGGAAGCGUCGGGAGCAGGAAAGAAAACUGGGGCAAAUGCGUUCUCAGCCACUAAUUCCUGCGCAGUCCCUACUUCCUCCAGUUUCAGUUCAGCAGGUGAAACCAGAAAAGCCUUCAACAUUGCAGAGACCCCAGGAAACCGUCAUUAGAGAAUUACAGCCCCAGCAGCAACCCCGAACCAUUGAGCGAAGAGAUCUGCAGUACAUCACCAUCAGCAAAGAAGAGUUGUCCUCUACUGAUAGUUUAUCUCCUGACCCUUGGAAACGAGAUGCGAAGGAGAAGCUGGAGAAGCAGCAGCAGAUGCACAUUGCAGACAUGCUGAGCAAAGAGAUUCAGGAUCUUCAGAAUAAGCCAGAUAGAACAGCUGAAGAGAAUGACCGCCUGCGCAAGCUCAUGCUGGAGUGGCAGUUCCAGAAACGACUCCAAGAGUCAAAGCAAAAAGAUGAUGAUGAGGACGAUGAAGAAGAUGAUGAUAUUGAUACUAUGCUGAUUAUGCAGCGACUGGAAGCUGAGAGAAGAGCAAGGGUAAAAUGAGAGAAUCCUUUUAAUAAGCUGUUUGUAUUCUAAAAUGUCUGUUAGCCUAAAAAAACACCUUAGAUAUCACCACAGGAUAAAGGAGGACUGGACUCUCUUAUUGUCCCUGUCUUUCAUUGUAUAUAAUGAAGUUUGGUCUAAUCUGUUUUGACUUUGUCCAAGUAAGUGGUGUAUUAUAAGCUACUAACUGGAAAGCUUGAGCUGAAGAUAGCUCUAUUUCCAGUUCCCUCCCUACUCCCAGCCCCCCAAAUAGCAAGGGAAUGACAGGAAAAUUAGACAUCCUUUCUAAUAAAUAGAUGUUGAUCCCUGCUUUGUUUAAGUCUAGUAUAUGAUUGCAUACAUAUAUAGUUGUCCAUAAGGGCAAAAAGUGAAGGACUGUCACCUGUAUUUUUUUUAAGUAAGCCUAGUUUUAAUUCUGCUUGAUUUUUGUACAUUCAUGAAGCCAAUGCCACAACAUAUUUUAUGUUCAUGUUUCAUCUGUCAAAAUGCAUAGCAUGAUUUGGAUUUUUAAUUCCACAAGAGUGAUGAUGUGGUUCUUUCAUUGGUGAAAACACAAAACUACAGAAACUGAUUAAAAACUUACAGAAACUUUUUUCAUGCAGCAGCAUAUAAACUAACUCAAGGAUUUUGUACUUGACAGUGAUGAAAGUUAAAAGUAGUGCAAUUCUUUAAAGAUUUGUAAAUAAUUGGUCUAUAAAUUAUGCUGCUUUUGCCACAGUGAAAAGCAUUUGCUUUCCAAGGCAACCAUUUUAUGCAUUUUCUCAAUGAAAGCGUUGCUUUAUUUUUAUUUUUCUGCUGUGGCUCACUUUUCUACACUGCAACUUAAAUCAGUUUCUUAAAGCUAAGUGUGUCCUCGACAGAUUCAUUAUAUGGUAUCUUGUGGUUGCUGCCUCUUGUUUUGUCACACAGCUUUAUUAACUACAUUAAUAUAUCAUUUAAAAACAAAAUUCUUUAUUUUGGGUUAUCUAACACAUUAAUCUUGUUCUUUUAAAAUCUGCAUUAUAAUUCUUUGUUAGGUGGUCAUCUCUGUUGCAUAACAUCUGCUAAAUCAUUCCUUUCCACUAGGACUGAUAAAUUUACAUUUUGUACGUUUUAGAAAUAUUAUCCCCCAUCUCUAAUAACCAAAUAUUUUUAAAUUGAGGUAACUAAUUGGCUGCUUUUUUGCAAUAAAAAUUGUAUAGCUCUUUAUCCACUUAUAGAUGGACUGUGUUUUCUAUCUUAAAGGACACAGUUUACAGAAAUAACUUGCUUUUUAAAACUAUUUUUUACUGAUUUAUUUAGAAAUGUUCACCAAUUCCACAUUAGCUUAUCAAACAGUACUUUUCAUUUUUCCUUUUAUACAGCUGUAGUAACAAAUCAAAGUGCUUUUGGCAUAGUGCAAAUCUAAAUUUAUCCUUAUUUUCACUGAGCAUCUUUCUUUUUCCUUCUCUUAUUACCUGCAGCAGACUGCUAUGCCAGCAAUCUCUGUUCUAGAUUUGGUAUGUUCUUAUUUCUUUCUCUUCAAUGCCUUUUUCUUACUGCUUUUUAUCCUUUUCUUCUUUUUAAUUAAUAAUGAUCCAAUAUGCAUUGGAUAUUGCUUUCUAAGUGCUUUAUGGCAGGGUGUAAUGUGUUAAAGGGCUGUAAGCAAGCACACAGCCGUUGCUUGAGGUAUGUUCCUAGCUUUUCCCCACUCCUGCCUUUAUUCUUUAAAAGUUGUGUUCUGUUUGCAUUUUUGAAUUGUUUGCAGCUGUGUCCGACCAUUUAUAGGAAUAAUAUAUCUAACAUUUUCCAAAAAUAACCCUUAGCUUUGAUAAACAUUAUAUGUAGCUGGGACUGAAUGGCUCCCUUCUUUUUUAUUGUUGUUACUCCCUUGUCCCGCAAACCAUAGAUUUAAUUAAAUUUAUUCUAACCAUUUCAAUAUUCAACUUCUAAACCAUUUAUCGUUUCUUGCUCCCAUGAUGGAUAGUUUGGCAUUCACAUUAAUUUCCUAGAAACUAUUUGCUUUAGUGCUUUGCUUUUUGGAAUGCUACCUUGAAGUAAAAAGUUUGGAACUCAUUUAUAGUUAUUCUAAAUAUCUGUAUAAAAAUAACCCCUUAGUUGAUCAGUAAGGGAUAUGCUGCUAGUAAGUAACAAUAUUGUGUCAGAAGCUAACAGCAUUAUAAUAUAGACAGAAUUAUGCAUCUCAGCAGGCUUUCCAUGAUAUAUAGCUGUUUUAUGAGGCAGAAAUGAGGUUCUCUGUACCCUGAUCACCUGAUCAUUUCUUACUUCUGUUUGCCCUGUGAUACAGCUUGUGAUCUGGCUGGCACAUUGUAGUUUCCUUUCACCAGCAUUUUUUAUUUUUAUUUUUCCUCAAACAAAACCAGUGUAUAGAUGUUAAAAUAACUCUAUAGAAAAUUUUCUGUUUCUGGAUUUUUGAACACAAUCUAACCUAUGUCACUCCACAUAUUUAAAGGGAAGAGAUUUAAGCACCUGUUUCACUGUCUUAUUGGAAUCCAUAGAACUUAAAACUACCUAACAUUGGUAGGCUUAUGAUGAUGAAUUAUAGUUAAAAACUUUUUUCUCCCUAUCCCAUUUAAUUUAUUUUGAAGCUUCUCUUUAGAGUAACACCACUAUGACACUUUGGCAUUCACAAUUUGUGACUUUCAGCAGUGUGGGACAUAGUCCAGUAGUUCUCCUUUAUUCUUUCAUGACAUUUUCUGACAGGUUCUUAACUAGAUAAUAUCCACAUAUCUCUUCAAGGACACUUUCUGAAAUCAUUUUACUUCUGUAAAAUCUUCCCAGUAAUGUAAGAUGAUCUGCUGUGCAGAAAUAGGCCCUCCUUGAACAUGAGUGAAUACUUUUGCACUUACCAUGCACUUUAUUCACAUGAUUUUUUUCACGUUAAAUGACUGCAAAUGGUUCCUUCACUGUGGAAAUCCUUAUGCAAUGUCAAGAAGAACCAAAGAUAUUACUCUAAAUAGCUAUUCACUUGGGCAGGCUGUCAAGGCUAGAUCAAUUCUAGUGCCAUUUUUUAAAACUAAAUGGGCAAAGGGAUCUGUGCCUUUUGACUUGCAUACCUGGUGGACAAACACAUGUAAUUCCUGGUUUUUUAACAAGUUCUUUUUCUAAUUUACACUGUAAAGUACAUAGCUGGUUUUUUUUAGUAGGAUUAGUGCCAUUUUCAAAAGCUGAAUAGAGCUAGAAACAAACCUUCCCUCCAACACUGUAUGCCUGCUGACCCACAGACCAGUUGGAGAGGGGGGAGGCAAGUGAGAGGAAAGAGAUAGAUUUACCAAAAUAUUGUACAUCUAUACAUUUACACUAUAAAGCAUUUCACUGCUCAUUCAGUUAGCUCAUCAGCACUUUAGGAAAGGGGUGGCUAAUCUGCUGUGCUCCAGAUGUUGUCGAAUUGCAGCUCCCAUCAUUUGUACCCAUUAGCCACGCUGGCUGAGGCUGGUGGAGGUGUAAUCCAGCAACAUCUGGAAGACCCCAGCGAUCCCUGGUGUAAAAUGAGGUGAAAUGAGGGGGUGAAAAAGUUGAGAGGAAUUUUUUUUGAAUUAUUAUAUAUAAUAAAUAUAGAGAGAGAAUGGGCCUUUUCUGUGGUGGCUCCUCAAUUAUGGAAUGCUCUCUCCAGAGAGGCUCAUCUAGUGCCAUCAUUACAUGUCUUUAGACACCAGGCAAAUUCCUCUUUACCCAGGCCUAUGGCUAUUAAAUAAUCUGUGCCCUGUAAAAGUGUGGGGGAGAGGACUGUUAGUAUUAUGUUUAUUUUACUAUUAUGUGUCUGUCAGUAUGCUUUUUACUAUAUUAUGUUUUUUAUCAUUGGUGUUUUGUAAUGUGUUUCUAAUAUUGUACAUUGCCCUGAGAUCUUUUGAUGAAGGGUGGUAUAGAUAUUGACAUGAUGGAGAUGAUCACUACAGCAGUUGUGUGCCUUUUGAACCUUCCAAAUCCACAUUGAUUUAAAACUCCUAAUUUUCCCCUGUCCUUACGUUCUGCUUUCAAGUGGACCAGCAGUUUCAUAAAGAGAUGUUGAUUUCAAGCUGAGAUUAGCUCUGAGAAUUUCACCAUUACAAAUGAGUAAAAAACAGCAAGUGCCUGGUUCUUCUUGUGUUUGUAUCAUUGUGCUCUCCAACAUGGACCUUUGGUAUCUUCUUUCGUGGGGAGCAGAAACUUGCCCCACAUUAGAUGUUGGUUUGGGUGGGGAGAUGCUGCAAGCCUCCAGCCAUCACAGCAGUGUAGUGGUAUAGAAAACAAGUGUAAGUCGCUUGCAUUCCCUUCCCACAGAUUUAGCCAAAGGCUGCUCUCCAGAUGCUGUUGAACUUCAACUCCCAUCAUGCCUAAUUGUGGCCAUGCUGCCUGGGGUUGAUGGCAGUUGUAGUGUAAUGACACCUGAAGGGCAAUACAUUAACAACCUUCACAAAUGACUGAAGUUAAACUGUGGAGAAGAAACAUGCAUGUUCUCUAGGGACAGGAGGAAGAAAAGAAAUUCCUCUGCACAUUUCUUUUCUCUCAGUAAAAAACAGUAGUAAUUUUCCAGAAUUUUAAGAUGAAAUACUGAUCCUCAUCCCAUGACCAAAAUUUUCCGCUUUAGCAGUGACAAAAUAACACCUGUGUUGGACUAUGGUUUUUUUAAAAAAUGAACAAACCAAGAGUUUCUCUUCAGAAUUUCUGUCCUAAGGAUUCAUUUGCCCUUAUUUGGGGGAAAAAAAUUGAAGACAGAUCUUUGUUAGCUACAGGAUGAAGAGCGUAGACGGCAGCAGCAGUUGGAAGAAAUGCGUAAAAGGGAAGCAGAAGACAGGGCCAGGCAAGAAGAAGAACGCCGGCGCCAAGAGGAGGAGCGGACAAAGCGAGAGGCUGAACAAAAGGUUAUGACCCCCUUGAGUGAAGCAAAAAAUAUUUGUAUGCUUGACUGCUAAGAAUUCAAUUUUUAAUGAAUGGUGGAUGGACACCCUAUUUUAUGCUGCUGUAGAACAGGUUAGCUCUAUGUGCACAAACCUUGAGAGUUACUGCAUUGCUUGCUACUUUUAUAGUGCUUAACAAGUAUUGGAUGCCGUAUGCUAGCUAAAAUCAAGAAGCAGACCCCAUUGGCAGGCUUAAUAAAUGGCAAGAUAUAUAGGACAAAUGCAAAAAUAAAUAUAUUACGAGGUUGUUGAAUAUUUAGCACAAUGAGAGAGAUUCAAGAUGAAAUUCAGUCCAGGUGGUUAGAACAAAAGAAUGAAAGUGGCAAAAAGGUUAAAGAUGAUUUAAAAAUUAAGAGAAAAAAUAUUUUUAAGCUUUUCAAAGGAGGGAAGAGCCAUCAGGCAAGGUAUGAAGUUGUAGAAUUCCAUGCGAAGGGCACAUAGGUGCUCUUUUCUUCACCGUUCACCUCCCUCUUGUGUGCAAGUUCUCCAUAACCACCCACUGCCAAUAUGAUUCAGAAUCUUGUUGGUCCAUUCUCACCAUAGCUAACAGGAUCCUUAACCAUGUAGUUUCACUGAUUAAAAGUUUUGAGCUGUUAGCAACAAUCUCAUAAGGAGCAGUGCAGAUGUAACAACCAUGAUUUAGGGAGUAGGCUGAAUUCCUAUCUAUAUAUGAACAACUCUUUCCCAUCUCAAAAAACGUUCACUGAAUCGGCCUGUAGUUAACCAUGAUUAGCAAUGAAUGGACAAAUGUAAAAUUGAACCAUGGUUGAAUAGUACUGCUUCAAUGGCUCCCUUUACUGUUCCAAAGAAUGAUUGAGAGAGAUGGGGGAUUUUUGUAUUAGAAAGGAAUGAAGGGGUAUGGGCUCUUGCCAGGUCCUCAGUCCAUUGUGUGGAUUGUCUUUUAAGAGAAUGCAGGUAACAAAGCUCAUUAAGUAUAAAACUUCUCACUAUCAGUUGAAUGGUAAACUGAAUCGUAAUGUUUGUUUUCAUUGGUCCGGUAUGUAUGUGCAAGUUAAAGUUUGGCAUUAACUUUCACUCUAUAUUGAACAUAUGUUCAGUAUGUUAUUUGUCAAUAGAGACAGGAAAUACUAUUUCCCUUCAGUAUCAGCUUAAAUAAGGGAGUAAUAUCUGUUCAAUCAUUUAAAUUCAAAGAAGUUGUACUGUAUAUACAGUGCUUCAGACACCUUAGAAUACAGUUCAAGAAGCUCUAUAGAAUUGGCAGGGUAGAGCGAUACCUAAUUUCUAGAGCAGUAUACUGUCAAAACAAUGAAUGCCAAUACAAUUUUAAAGUGAUAACUUGAAAAGGAUGGGUAAACUUUAGUGAGCUACUGGUUUUCUUCUCAUUAAAAGCAAGGUAGAAUUCUACAUCAGUUGUAUUUUGCCUUAUGUGUGCACCGUUCCUUUAAACUCUGUGCAAUGUUUGGUAAUGUUUAAGUUUAAUUUUCUCUGUGAAAAUAUGUACCAUGUCUUAAGUGCAAAGAUUACUCAACAUUUGACAAAGCUUGUAAAUAAUUUAUAAUAGUAAGCAUUGCAAAUUUACUGGGUAUAAGAAACUGAGUUUUAUUUUGUUGGUAUAAAAAUGGCCUUCUCCGAUGUUUGUUUGACCAUUUGUUUCCUUUGGGCCAACAGAGGCGACAAGAAGAAGAAUAUUACAAUCGCUUGGAAGCUGAAAGGCGCCGUCAGCAUGAUGAGGCAGAACGGAGAUUGCUGGAGCCCGAUGAGCCUGGUCUGUACAGACCUCCGCUUCCACGGGAAUAUGAAUUCCCACCCUUGCCCCCUUCAUCUAAUGCUCCUCCUCCCCCACCUCAGCGAAACACCUCUUACCUCAAAACACAGGUCCUCUCCCCAGAUACGCUUUAUACUGCCAAGUUUGUUUCAUACAAUGAUGAGGAGGAGGAGGAUUCCUGUCUAGCAGCAGGUCAGGAUAAGUACUCCAGUACAAGAAAGUCUUAUGGUGUCCUUCCUCCUGCCAGCCUUAAGCCACAGCAGCCCUCACGCCAGCCACGCCCAGCCUCAGAUGGCAUAUUUCUUUCCAACUCAUUCCAGCCAUCCUCGGUCAAUGCCAACAGUACUGCUUUCAAAACGAGCCAGCCCCCUCCCCUACCAAACAAACCGAGUUUCAUCAAUCCCAGCAGCUCAAAAGGUAGACGCAAAAUUUUAAUUAAGAAUCUUUUCUGUAUGAAACUCUCUCCACAUUUCCCGCUAUGGUGUUCUGAACAAAAUCACUUCAUGAUUAUAUCUCACUUGAUCACUGUCCUAAGCAUGGUGGUCCGACUUCAGUGCUGAUGUGCUACUGUAAAUCCUAUUUUUAAAUGUGUGUGGUCUUUCCAUUUUCUUACCAAACUCUCUGUAAUUCCUACUUUCAUAUAAUGAAAGAAAAGUGAUUUUUUUUAUUGAAAAAAAAUCCCCAUCCAACCAGAUAAAAGUACUGUUGGUUUUGGCUUUUGUUCUGUAUCUCUUUUCAGCUACUGUUUCUUAUUUUCACUGGGUCCAUGGUGCUUUCACAUUUCUGAGCCACAUGUUUCUCAUGAUAAUAGGACAUGUGUGUCUGGUUUGUUAAUAAUGGGAAGAUGUUUUCCUUCUGCUUAUUUGGCAUGUAUCUCAUGUGCAAAUGGCUUUAAGAGUGUACUACCCAACAACAGUAUUUGAAAUGUUAGGGGUGUAUAUUUGAAGAUUCAGGGGGGAGAGGUAAAUUAACUUAUAAACAAUGUCAAUAAGCAUAUAUUGAUGCUUCUAGCACUGGCUGCCUAGAGUUGAAGCAGAAGCCUAUUUUUCCAUUUCUAGUGCUUCCUCCCUAACUUUCUUCCAUAAGUUACUUUUCCUGACUUUAUUCUCAUUCACAUAAAUGAAUAAACCUAAUAACCUUGGCAGAAAAUAGUUCCAUUAUCUGCAGAGCACGACAAUUCUAGUGUAAAAGAAUUGGGGUGCCACACUGACAGAAGGUUGUGGUUGGUUUAGCUUUUGAUAAUUUGGAAGAUGAAAACCAAUUUAUUAAAACAGUUACUUUUCUAAGUAUUCUCCCAAUUUAAUUUUGGUAAGCAGGGCUCUUUGAAUGUUUUGCCCUUUAAACCACCAUGUGUAGUGAGAAGCGGGAGGUCAGCAAGGCUUCUUCAGUUGCUCUUAAUGUUAUAAUAGCAGUAACCCAAAAUAGACACCCACCCACUGAUGUUAUGUACUUCUUUGAGUACCAAUAGGAAACCUAUUUUUGAACCUCCAAUUUAUGUGAACUGGUUACUAGAUUGUGUUGCUAUGUAGCCGCCACACCUGUCUCUAUUUAUGUUACACAGUGCUCACCUACUACAUACACUGUAAGAGCUGAGUGCAAACUUAAUUAACAAAUAGGUAGCUAUAAUAUUUGCUAAAAUGAGGGAUACAGUAUUCCAGCCCUGAUGCCAUUUAAUAAAAAUGAAUUAUUAAAGUAGUUUUUUGUACUUCCUCUACUGAUACUAAUUUAACAGAAACUGAACACAUCUGCUUGAGUAAUUUAAUUCAUGCAAAUGAUCAGUUGCCAAGUUCCAGAAUAAAAUUUGUUUGAAUAUUAUAGUGUACAUAUAAAUACUUAAUUUCAGCCUGAAAGUGGUCAGUUGGUGGCCAUCUUUUUCUAAUGGUCAGUUGGUGGCCAUCUUUUUCUAAUGGUUGACAGGGAGUCAGUGUAGCACAACAUAAUUAAACUGAGUUGUUCCAAAAAAUACUGCCAAUCUUAAUCCUUACCCAACCCUUUUCAUAUUUGUGAGAGGCAGCUACAUCCUCCAAUAAACUACUAGCAUCACAUUUUAAGAUACAAAUAAAUGUGGGUACAUUUUGGUAAUACUGAGGAAUGCUAUGUAAUAUGAUUCUUCACCUUCAUUACAGCACAUUCUUAAAAUCCUAUAAAACAGGUCACACAUUUCUCUUAAAUGUUUAGUCAAUACUGCCUGCAUAAAAUACAAAGCUCUUUGCACAAAUGCAGAAUUCACUAUACAGCUUGUCAUCUCACCAUCUCACUAACACAUUUCUGUCCUUUAAUGAACACUACUAACAUAUGGCAAAUUGUGCUUCUGCAAAACUCCAGUUCUUAAGCUCCUUCCACUGGAUCAUUUGGAAUCAGUUCAAACAUUGGUGGUCACAAAUUUGGGAAUAAAGCUUGAUCAGCCUUGACUAAAUAUACAAAUGUAGGUUAGGUGCAUUUUUCUGCUGUGCAGAUCUUUCAACAUUGAAAAAAACGUUUUUUGGCUUUAAAAUUUGGCAGAGGACAGAAUAAUUGUUUGUUAUAAAUAUUUAGUUAACAUGCAUGGUAGAUUCUCUGCAUUUUUAUUCAGACUGCAUUCUUAGUUUAUUGGAGAAUCUAUAGAGUUGAAUUAAAAAUACUAUUGGAAGGAGCAUGCAUUUGUUUUUGUGUAGAUUAAGGCUCACAAGACACAACACAGAUUAACAAGAGACUUAAAAAAAUAUCAGUGGAAAACGGACAAGGAUUUGUGGCGACUCUAGUGUUUUUCUUAACAGAACAAAAAGCAAAAGUGAGGGAGACCUUAAAAUGUGGGCAUGGUGUUGAUAUUUCACAUAUAAAUUAUGUGUUUUGUCUUGUGGCCUUUGGAGAAGAUCAGUCUACUUUGUGGGAAUUUUAUGUGUGAGAACUAAAUAUAAAGGUGCAGUGCUGUAAAACAUAUAGAAACUUAGAGAAAGAUAGGACAAAUUCCCCAUCUCUGAAUAUAUUCUAUAAAAUUACUAAAUAAUUUUGCAGCCUUAGAAUACCAGAAAAGUGUCCACACCUUUACAAUCCUUAUAUUCUUACAUGUCAUAAAGCUGGUCAGUGGGUAAUAUUUAAGCACAAAAAAGCAAUAAUUCUAGUUCUUUGCCCUCCCUUGAAACUGGAGAGAUAAUAAUCUUGCACCACAGGCUGCUUAAAUUCGUAAGGUUAAUUGGGGUUUAAGCAGUCUAACUGUAUACUGAAUUUCCACAUUUCAAUUUGGAAUUCUUAGUUGAUUUUGUUGCUUUGUGAUGAUCAUUCAAAUGUGCAUUUGAUUUGAUUUUAUCACAAUCGUAUUUAAAAAGUAAAGUCUUAAGGCAAAAGCAUUUGACAAUUAUUUGUUUUAGUAGGAUAUGUCUUUCAUUUUAGUAAUCAAGACAGAAAUGUAUGCUUUGAAUCAUCUUAAAGCAUAGAAAGCACAGAUUGAGCCAUCUUACUCUAUUGAAAAAGCACUGCAGCUUUGUGUGUGUUUGUGGUGGUGGGGAGUAAUAUUGCCUUGUGGCACUGAACAGAGAUUUCAUUUGGCCUUGUACUUUUUCUUGCAUAAGGCUCAAACUACACUGGAUCUACUGGAGCAAUUGCAGGCCCACAUGAACCCUUCCGGGACCUGAGAGAGAAAAAAGCAAAAAGGUGAAAUGAAAAAUGCCUUAAAUAAUAAUGGUGAAUGUAUGUAAGCAGUUUAUGUAAUCUUGGUUUGAAUAUUAGAUACUUGAAGUCUCAAAAGCGUUUGAACAUAAACUUUGUAGUCCCUCCUGUUAAAGGAAAUUAUUAUUUGAAACUUAGAGAAUGCCUGACAUUUUCUAAAUGCUAUACAUUUAUGUGUAAGAACUAAAUAUAAAGUUGCAUUGCCGUAAAACAUAGAAACCCCUGCAGCUAAGCUGGUAUUGCUCUGCUUUCCUUUGGACCACAUCAGUGAGGCUGAAAGGGGGGUUCUUGUCAUCUGGGCAGGCCAGGAACUCCAUACACACUGCCCAGGUUUGCUCCCCCAAAGAGGUAAUUUGAGUGCUGCUAAUGUAGUGGUUUGACUUUACCCCCAGGGGCACACUCCAUUGUCUCUCAAGACAGGCAGAUGUAAACAACCAUACAUUUGUCAAAAGAUAAGACGGCCUGUGUCCACAGCCUCACUACAAAAGGAAAAAGGAGGCCGUGGUAAAAUCAUUCCUCAAGAAACCUUCCCUGAAUUCAGAAAAUCUUAAGUAAUUACAAGCCAGUGGCCAGUCUCACCUUCUUGGGCCAAGAUUCUUGAUUGGGAUAGUUGCAGACCAGAUCCAGGCACUUUUGGCGGAAACUUAUUUUCUAGAUCCAUUUCAUUUGGGGUUUAGGCCCAGUUUUGGUCGCCCUGUAUGAUGAUAUCGGUUGGGAGAGUGACCUUUCAGCAGCUUUUGAUACGAUUGAUCAUGUUAUCUUUCUGCAGCAGCUAUCCCAGUUAGGGGUGGUGGCACCGCUUUGUGGUGGCUCUGGUCCUACUUGGAUGGUCUCUUCCAGAGAGCAAUACUUGCGUAGUGCGCUUCAGUCCUGUGGAGCCUUCAAUGUGGGGUUACUCAGGGUUCCAUUUUAACCCUCAUGCUGUUUAACAUCUAUAUGAAGCAACUGACUGGGGAAUCUGGAGCUUUGGAGUACAUUGUCAGCAAUAUGCUGAUGAAACACAGCCCUAUUUUACUACAUCUGCAGAUGUGGCAGUGGAUGUGUUGGACCGUUGUCUUGCCUUGGUAAUGGACUGGAUGAGAGCCAACAAACUGAAGUUGAAUCCGCAUAAUACUGAGGCACUGUUCCUUGGCCAGAUGGAUGGGAGAUUGCCUGCUCUUAAAGGGGUUAUACUCCCUUUGAAGUAGCGAGUUUCAUAGCUUGGGAGUUCCAUCUGUUCCAUAGCUUCCACUUGAGGCUCCGGUGGCCUCAGUGGUGCUGAGUUCCUUCCACCAGCUUCAGCUGGUGGCCCAACUCUGUCCCUAUCUGAACAGGGAUAUCUAUGGACUUUUAAACUCUGGAGAGGGUCAUUGGUUUGUUUGUUUUUGUUGCUAUAGUAUGUAUUAUUGUGUUUUAUAUUAUAAGCCACCCUGUGAUCUUUGGAUGAAGUGUGGUAUAGAAUUUUUAAUAACAAUAAUAACAACAAUAAAGUAUGAACUAAUUUUGUAUAAACCAUUGUAGCAGUCUUUACAACAGGACUGACAUUUGUACAUAAUCUGAUACAACGUGGACAAAAUUGUCCAUGCAAAAAUAAAGACUUAACAAUCCAAUCCUAAUCUGGUUUACUUGGAAAUAGGCUUCUUUUAUUUCUAUGGGAUUUACAAAUACAUAUGCAAGUGAUUGCAGACCCUAGCAAAAAAAUAAGCAAAGCAUCUAGAUUUCUGGCAAUGUAAUACUUAUGUAACAUUGAGAUAUUUCUUUCUUUGCAGUCAAGAUGCAGAUUUACCUGGUGCACCAGAAAACUUGACUUUUCGGGAACGUCAGAGACUCUUUUCCCAGGGUCAGGAUGUGUCCAACAAAGUUAAGGCAUCUAGGAAAUUAAUGGAAUUGGAAAAUGAAUUAAACACAAAAUAGGAUUAAAGGCACCUUAUGAAACAUAAUCCGAAGAAUAUCUGUGGGACUAGGGAAGGGGCUGUUCAAGAAGGAAGAAGUGUCCUCUGACAAUUGAGAUGGAAUCUCAACAUCUGGAUGGUUGAGAUUUAGAUAUGUUGCAAUAGCAAGAAAAACAUUUUUUCCCCAAGAGCUUGUGUUUAUACAAUGAAAGCACUGUAAAAUGUAUUUUAAUUAUAUGAAUCAAGUGUCAUUAUGUCCUUUCUCCACACCCUUUCCUUUCUUUGAGGGUUUAACUACUUCUGCAAAGGUCCUGGGUCACACUUACUGAAGAAUUGUUGCUUCCUUCUCUUACAAAAAAUACUUUGUUAGCUGCUAAACAGAAAAAAGUGGCUAUAGCUUGAACUGCCUAAACUAAACUCUGCACUGGCUUGUUGCACUCUAGAUUGUUUGAUUCAAAGUAUGAGGUGGUAAACAAACAGUUUACUAGCAUAUCACUGAAAACUUGUGGUUCGAGUCUGGGUUUCCUUGGAUAUUCUCUUGCAGUAAAAACAGAAUUGAAUACUCUGAAACUAAAAGGGCUGUGUUAGCACAUUUAAUCCUUAGACACAGAGUGAUAUCUAUAUUCAUACAGUUAUGGGGACAUGAAAUACUUGACUUGAUUUAUAUUGGUGGCAGUCCAGUGAUGUGAUAAAACGUGCACCCUGGAUUUUCCAGCUCUUCUUCCUUCACUACAUUUGAGCUGUAAACCACUUUUAAAACUUGAGUUGUGAAAUCCUUGGUUAGAGCUGAAGGAAGAGAUUGGUAAAAUAUAGAUGGACGCAUAGGAAUGGUGUGUGUGUGUGUGUGUGUGUGUGUGUGUACGUGUGUACGUGUAGAUUGAGAAUACAGUGUUUUAAAACUAUGUAGAAAUUCCAGACUUAAGCAAUAGGGAAUAAGUUUCUUCUGGUAGCUCCCGUUGUAGCUAAGACAAAACCAAAGUUAGAUGUUAAAAGGACUAGAAGAUUUCCAGUGCUAAUAGAUAGCAUAUUAAGUACUACUUGCAGAGGGACAUGGUUACUAUUACUGUGAUGAGAAACAUGAAAGUAUUGUCUGCCAAAAAUAGUUUUACUGCAGUGGCCUGGCAGCGCAUCACUUGGUCCUUCAUGUUGAGAAGUGCUAGUCAAGCAGCCUUUGGUUUACUAGCAUCCUCUUUCUAUAUAUUGUAGAAAAUAUUGGCAGUUCAAGCUAUCUUUCACACUAUAUUGCAGCAUUAUUUAAUUUUUAAGCAGUUGAAAUCUUUUUUUCUCCCACUGUUCCUGUAUGGCUGAUGUUGAGAAUAAGGACCUCAUUAGAGUUUGUUUCUCAUUGUGUGAUGUUUAAAACAAUAUAUUAUAUUGUGAUUCUAAGCAAAUUUUCUAUUUGAUAAAGCCCUUAAUUGGGUUUUAGAUGAUUUUUCUGUAUAAUAUGUUAUCUUAUAAAUAUAUAUUUAGGGAAUUAUGCACACUUCCAAAUGCAGAGGGUAGACUUUCACUGCCUUAGAAAUCACUUUUAAUAAGAGUUGUAUGAUAAAUAAAUGCAAGUUAAUGAUAUUAAAAUUGGAGUGUAAAUAUUUUUUUUACAUAUUUCAGGUUUCUUAUUUGAAAGUGUGCUUUUACCGUUCACCUGUUAAAUAUGAAGUAGGAGAUGAAAUUGAUUGAAAGUGUUAAUGAAGGAUUUGCAUGCUUGCUAUAUCUGUUAAUCAGGAAAAGCAAGCCUCCCCCAAUUUAUCUUGAGAACACUAGAUAUUCUGUGGCUGGAAUACUGUUGCUGCUAGAACCUAAGCAAAGAAAUAUCACUUACCGUGGAGUGGAUUUGACUGCUACUGGGCAUUCAGGCCACAUGUGAAUAUGAGUAAAAGUGCUUUUCAUAACUGUCUGUGCAUUAUUAUGAAAAAAAGAAACAUCAAAACUGCUGUAGUUUCCCAUUUCUACUGUAUUUCACUUGCAACCUAUUUUUAAUAAACUUUGUAUUGUAUUUAACUUUGCACUGC